GGCUCGGCGCUCGGCUCAGGUCACUUUGACAAGCUCGCGCUCGCUCUCCUCCCCCUCCGCCGAGCAAUUAGCAUAUUAAUCAGCCCCCGGGAUCGGGAUUCGGAGCCGAUCGGAGCGCCUCGUCUACGCGCACGGCGGGGCCGGAACGCAGCGUAGCCCAGCCCUGGACUCGCCGAGAGACGCGGGAUCGGGCUGCUGCUGCUGCUGCUGCCGCCGCCGCUCCGCUUGCUGCGGUUGCUGCGCUUCCCGGCGGGGAGGCCCCGCGAUCGGGGGGCGGCCUUGCCCGAGGGCUCGGCCGGGGUCUCUCUCAGGGCGGCGGAUGCCAGGGCCCCGCCGAGCGGGCACGUCGCACCUCCCCUGCGCCAGGCCGGGCAUGUGAAGAUGUCAGUGGGCUGUGCGUGCCCAGGUGAGUGCGAGCGCUCGGGGAAGCAGGGCGAGGGGAGAGAGGAGGGAGCGGUGGGGCGUACAUCCUUCUCGAAGCCUGGGAGAAGCGCCUGCCUCCCUGCCCCUGCCCGGGCCCCUCUGCAACCAGACGGAAAACAACCCCGCAGAAACCUCCUCCCUCCCUCCCCUCCCCUCCCAAGCAGGGGGAGCAGUUUUGGGGAUGGCGGGGUUUCAGCCGAGCAUGAGGCGCGGGGCUGUGGGGGAACCUGGCGUUGGCUUGGGAUCUGUGCGCGCGCGCGCGUUUGCGGUAGGGCAUUUUGCUUGCUACUAGUAUAGCUGGUAUCUGGCCAGAGAGUGGGGGGCGGGGGGGGGGGCUGGCGCGCUGUGCCCAGCGCUGAGGUGAAUGCCUGUUGGAGUUGCUCCUGUGAUGGGGGAGGGUCUCCGGGACUGGGAGUGGGGCACUGUGCAGUUAAGAGGAAUGCUGGGAAUGGGGGGGGGGGUCGGGCUAGGAUAGCUAGAUCAACAUUACAAAAAUAGUUGUGGGAGGGACCUGUGCUCUGUGACAGCAGUGGCUGCGCGGGUACUGCUCUCCAGGGGUGUUCGGUUGUGGGGCGGAGGGUCGUCCUGUGGGGGUUGUAUUCAGCAGUGGGGUGCCGAUAUCCUCAAGGGAUGUUGCUUUGCAGCGCGCGAAGGUGUGCGCUUCUUCCGCCUCUACAGGGUUCUAUGCAAACGUCUCUUCCGUUUUUAGGAUCACUAAUUCCAGUAAUUCAUAGCCUGACAGUACUCAAGGAUGUGGUUUAUUGGGGUUCACUCCAGUCUGGUGAGGUUAAGCAUUGCCUCCAGAGUUGCUGUGGUUGUGACCACUUCUGGCUUGACUUGUUCGGCCCAAGAAGGGGGAUGAGGAAGUUGCUAUUUUGGGGGGACGGGGGGGGGGGGAGGACUGACUAUUGCCCUGCAACUGCUCUUUUUGGAGAAACUGUUGAAACUACAUGGUUGUUGGGUCUCUCCUCUUUGCUAAGUGCUUUUGAGUUGGAGUAGGGGAAGAGGAGAACUAGCUGGCUCAUUAACAUAGAUUUUUAUUGGUUUUAAUUUUUGUAUUAUAUUGCAAGUUGCUUUGAGUUUGCAUUUCCUUUAAAAAAAAAGAUCAACCAACAAGUUUAAUAAAUAAAUAAAUAAAUUGAUUUAGCUGUCAGGCGUUCAGCUCUGUGCCAACAUGGGUCUUACUGUGCUAUCAGAGUGAAAAUUUCCUGAUAAGCCUGGGAGUUGCUCCAGAACUAGAGAGUUUUGUAAAUUCUGGGUGCUCCUCAAUAUAGUAUUAUGCCCCACAACCAUUGCUCCAGAGCUUUUAAAACACUUGCACGUAAGUUGCCAUAGUUGUGAAAUGUGAAGCCAAGCAGGGACCCAUCCCAUUAGUGUUUGGUAAAAGACAGGUGCCAGUCAGGAAGGCUAAGAUCUGGGAUUGGGUGUGUCUGAUAACUGAGGAAUUCAUUAAGUAUUCAAGACUGCUGCUAAGAGGGAGCUGAUGGCCAUCCUCCAUAAAGCAUCAAGGAUGGGUACUGAUUCUCUGCAGACUGUCUGUUCCAUUAUCAGAACUCUUUGUCUAAUGCUAUCUCUCUAAAUGCCAUGAGUGGUGGUGUGGGGUCAGACAGCUUCCCCAGUAGGUUUUCUUCAAAGAUGUGUUUGACAUGACCAUGCUCAACUCCCUUUCCAGCCCCUUUCCUUUUGGAACAAUUGCUGCCCGUGGCUCCUCUUCUGCUUCAGCAGCCUGUGACACAAUCAAGCAGAUUGUGUGGGCGUCACUGAAAAGUUAGGCUGCUUUCAGUAGGGAGCCUGCUGUGCUGCACCCACACAGCCCAUGGUUUUUUGGGGAAAACCCUUCACAGCAGAGGCCUAAUUUGCCAGAGAGGCUUCACUAAUGACCUCCCAAAACUGACAGGGAAGUGGUUUGACUGUCUGAGAAUUUAUACCUCACUCUUAGAGGGGUGCUGCACCCCACACUGAGGUAAUGCUAGUGGCCAGGUAAUGUCCAACUGCUCCAUCUCCCAGUGACACACCAGCCUGACCCAGAUUUCCUGAGUGUGGGUCAAUUUCCUCCAGUGGGCAUGGGCCAUUACUGCAUAUCUCCCAGCACACAGGAGCCUCCGCCUAAUCUGACAUUGGAUCCCUGAGACCCUAACCUCUCAGAUUCCCUCAUUACCCCCUACCUGUUGUCUGCUUGAAUCUACUUCCCUGGCUUGCAGCAAUCUCUGUUUCUAAACAACCCCCCUUCCCUUCCACUUCCCUUCCCCCACAACCUCCUCCUCCAUCUCCCGCUGGAAGCUGCCAGAGCAGCGGCUGCUUCCUCAAGCAGAAAGUCACGUGUUCUCCCUCCAAAGCCAGGCCAAACAUUUAAAGCACCAGGCACAGCGUGGGUUUCUUCUCCCUCUCCUCCCUCCAGGCAUUCCUCCUUAUCUAGCCCUGCAUUGGCCCUUCCCGUCUGCUGGCCAAUACAAGUGGGGUGGGGUGGGGGGCAGCCAGGGUACUCCAUGUCCCAAGGAGCCUGCAAUCUGCCUAUAAAAAAACAGGUCUGCUGCUGCUGCUGCUGCAUAAUGCCUGGCUUUUCAUAGAGGAUCUUGCAUUAAGCAAGAUGAAGAUUGAUCCUCUCUGCAUCCUUAGCUACCGUACAUGGCACUCCUGUUUUCUUUCACAUUCAAGGUUGGACCUGUGCGUACCAAGGGACUUGUUAAAAUCCCAGCUCCCCAAGGUGUGCACAAGACAACAAAUGCUGUGUUGUAGCCAUGUCUUGUCCCAGGUGUUUCUAGAUAGCAUCUUACAAAUGGCCUGGGGUUCAGAAGGCCCCGUAGGAGAACCAGGUCCCCCUGCUAGAAUGGGCGCUGGCUAUUUCCAAUGGCUUCAGAGGGGAAGUAAGCAGCCAUGGUUGUGCCUCCGUGCAUGUGCAUCUUUUUUCAUGCUGCAACUGUAGUUUUCCCCAUGAUUUUGCUCCUAGGAGCCCAUAACAGACUGUUUAUCGGAAUAUAGAACAAACAAGCUCUGGUUCUGGCCUCCUGCCAGCUAGAAACAUUUAAUGAGCCUCUCGUGUGGCUGCUCUUAUGGAGGGGGGGCUGCAUUAACUUGGAGGAGUUUCCAGCUGUGGGUGUAUUUGCCUUUAAAGGGGAAGCCAUGGCAUUUGUAAGUUACAACAAAAGGGUUGCCUCUAUAGGGCAUUUCUCCAUGUGGUGUAGCUCUGUAUUCCUUCCAUUUUCUCUAGGACAGAAAGCAAGACUAGUGCCUCACACGCAUCCUGUAGACCAGAGGGAAAUACCUGAUUCCAGUGUGCUUACUGAGUCUCUUGCCUUGCACCAAUCCUUCCAUGCCUUUUUCCAAAUUCCUCCAAUUUCCCAGAAGCAGACAUCCUUCUUGAUUUUUUUUAAAAAGUGGGGGGUGGCUAUAAAAUGUAUGAUGCAGGAGAGCCUGAUGGAAAGCAGGGAUGUGUGUGUGUAAUGAUGAUGUUGGUGCUGGGUGUGAUGUCUCACUGCCACAGCUGGGCCUGCAGGGUUGUGUUAUGCAGUGCGUUGUGUACCAUAUGUUGACUUCCAUUAUGAAAAUUCUUGUGUGAUCAGGACACCGCAGUAGUUUGUGCAAAUAAAUGUGCUUGUGUAUAUGUUAUAAAGCUGUUUCCUAUGAAGCUGCAAUUGUUCAGAUAAACAACUCUGCUUCAGAAAGGACUGGAAAUGUUUAGUUUUGUAAAGGUGUUGUGGUUUUGCAGCUGAAGAUUGGCUGAUAAACCUGAGUCCCUGGCUUCUCCAUUGGUAUGUGGCAUGGUUCACUUGCCAACACCAUUUUGAUCCCACCCCCUCAAGGAGUACUUUAGGGCAUCCACAAAAAUAAUAUAUUGGCUUUUCUCAGUGUAGUAGUGCUGGACAUAGUGAUACAGGGCCCUGCAGAAGCCCAUUUGGCUUUCUUGGAGAGAUUUCACAAUUUUUUCCUUUGUUAUAGACAACAGUCACACAUUGGGUUAAUAAGGAGAACCCAGAAGAUGUUCCUCCCAUACAAUUCCUUCCCAUGUUUUCUCUGCUGUUUGCUUUUUCCUUUCUUCAUAAAGGCAUUUAUACCCCACCCUUUAACAAAAAAAGGCCCUUGAAGCAUCUUACAAAAAUCAGUACCAAGUUCUUUCUCAUUGUGGUUUUUAAAAACUGGCAUAUGAAAAUGUUCUUUUGUUUUUUUCUUUGACUUCCAGUGCAGUUGCAACACAAACAUUUCAGCGGUUGCUAUUGUCUCACCUGGUGCAGAAAAGUGCUUUAGAACAUAGCUGGGGAUAGUAUGAAGUCCUGCCUUUCUGCAUUGCUUACCUUGCAGCUACCUGUUUACACUUCUUCCAUUACCUGUAACACAAUCCCUAAUGUUAUUAUUUGUCCAACAGUUGGCAUUAGCCUUUUUUUUGUUUUGUUUCACUCAUUAAAUUUUAAUUUCAUUUUAUUUAUGGCACUUCUCAGAUUUUCCAAAUUUGUAAAGCGGAUUGUGGGGGGUAGGAUACCUGACACUGCUCACUAGUUCUGUGCCAGGGACUGGGCAGCUCUAAUGUGCCACCCACUUCCACCUUUCCUCUCACAUUCCAGGACAAUAACAGUUUGGAACUACAGUGAUAAUCUCACUCUUAGCUGAUUGCAGAAGAGCAGCGCCUCAGUAGCACUAAAGAGCCAUAAUGAAGAAGCACCUUGGGCCAUUGCAAUGCUCUAUUUGCAUUUUCCCACACCUGCAAAGAAUAAUUUUAUAAGUGGUUUUUCCGGAAAUAGGAAUGCAGGACAUGGAACAUAGGAAGCUGUCGUAUAUACUGAGUCAGACCAUUGGUCCAUCUAGCUCAGAUGUUGCACUGACUGACAACGGCUUCCUAGAAUUUCAGGCAGGGAGUCUUUCCCAGCUCUACCUAGAGAUGCCAGGGAUUGAACCUGGGACCUUCUGCAUACAAAACAGAUUCUCUGCCACUGAGCUAUGGUCCUUCCCAUUUAAGGCAGAGGUGGAAUCCUUCCCUUCCCAUUACUUUCACAAGUCAGUGUUACAGCUGAUGGAGACUCUAUUACUGAUUUCUGAAGGUGGCUUUGCACAAGAAAAUGGGAACCAGGUGGCCAAAGACACUUGGUUAAGUGGGUUUGUUCUGCAAAGGAGAUGCUACUUAUAUACAGUCGUACCUUGGAUCUUGAACGCCUGGCGACUCAAACGUUUUGGCUCCCGAACUCCGCAAACCUGGAAGUGAGUGUUCUGGUUUGCGAACGUUCUUUGGAACCCAAAUGUCUGACAUGGCUUCCGUGGCUUCUGAUUGGCUGCAGGAGCUUCCAGCAGCCAAUCGGAAUCUGCGCCUUAGUUUCCAAACAUUUUGUAAGUCAAACGGACUUCCGGAACAGAUUCCGUUCGACUUCCGAGGUAUGACUGUAUAAUGGCUCAUAUUGCCUCAGAAUUAUUCUCUGUUCUGAGCCCUUCAUCCAUCAAAUGUUGGAUCUGUUCUGAGCCCUACAUCCAUCAAAUGUAAGUAAAUACAAAUAGGUUAUGAUUGCUUUGUUUCCCUUCUCCUACAGAAUUUAGAACAGGGGUCAGCAAACUUUUUCAGCAUGGGGCUGGUCCACUGUCCCUCAGACCUUGUGGGGGGCCGGACUAUAUUUUGAAAAAAUAAAUAAAAAAUGAUCGAAUUCCUAUGCCCUACAAAUAACCCAGAGAUGCAUUUUAAAUAAAACCACACAUUCUACUCGUGUAAAAACACCAGACAGGCCCCACAAAUAACCCAGAGUUGCAUUUAAAAUAAAAGGACACAUUCUACUCAUGUAAAAACACGCUUAUUCCCAGACCGUCUGCGAGCCAGAUUUAGAAGGCGAUUGGGCUGGAUCUGACCCCCGGGCCUUAGUUUGCCUACCCAUGAUAUGCUUGAGCAAGGAAAAGGGAGAGAAGCAUUCUGUUGUGGGAGCACUAUAGUGGCAGAGUGAUUGGAGCUGGGGGCCAAAUAAGCAACUUGGGUAGAGCUCAAAAGUUCUCCCAUUACCCCUGAAAGCUCAAACCAAAAGCCUCUUUGGUUUCUGAAUUUUCAGCAGUCUUUCUCCGCAGUUGUGAGGACCGGAAACUUGAUUUUAAAAAACAAGAACUUUAUGAAAGCUGAGAUGCCCAGUCCUGAUACCAUGCAAUAUUGAUAGUACUAUUGUAUUUGUCCUGUCAGAGCAGUUUUUCCUUAGGCAUUGAACACUUCUGCCUUCCCUCAAAGGGGAAGUACUGCCUAAUGAAAUUAUGAAGUGCAGUAGAGUAGUUCCUGGUUCUUCUCCAUUUGAAUCAUCACUGAAUAGUCAGGCUAUUUAUUAGGCUACAUAGGAUUUAAAGUGCUCCAGAUAUCCAAAUGGCCUCAGAGCACAUGCACAGACCCUGAUUCCAUGACUGCUGGCUGACUGGAGAUUGUCACAAAACAUGUGGCCAGUGUUAGAAACUGAGAUAGAAAUGGCUCCUGGGACCUGGGUUGUGGGCGCCUAAACAGAAUAUCUAGUGUGGCCAUUUGGUGGUGGUGGGGAAGUCGGCAAUGCUUUUUAUUUAUUAUUUUGUUAAGCAUGAACAAUGUGCAAUUCACAUAAGUGACAUAUUGUUAAUAUCAUAUUUUUAACAGAAAUUGUUAAUACAUGUUUAAUUUGGUGUUUACAAUAAAAAUAUUGGUACUAUACUUCGGUUUUCUAAACACUACUCUUUAUUACUAAACUCCUUGACAUAUUGUCUAUCCUAAACCUUAACAUAUACUUUGAGCCUUCAAAGCACAUGCAAAUGGAGAAUCUUUAGAUGCAAAAUGCACCUGGUGCCCUGCUAAUUUCAAACCCUGCAUGUAGCCAGGGAUGGCUUCUGUUGGGUUUGUGUGUUUGAAAAAGAGGGGUGGUGGCAGCUGUUCAAUAGAUAUUUGAAAUUCCUCCUUUCUUGUGGGGUUAUUCAGUGCUGUGAAUACUUCCCACAAAUAUCUGUUGCUGCUAAAGAGUCUGGGAAUUUGCUUCAUGCUAACUUUCUGCCCCUCUAAUCCAGGGUCCACAGCUAACAAUCCCAAAGACCCCGUAUUACCUUUAGGCUACUGUCAGAUGCUUUCCAUGAAGAUCAAGGUGCUACUAAGUAUAAACAAUAGGCAGAUGUUGCCUCUGACUCCCAAGGGAUUAUUGCUGAAGGACAUUCUCUUGUGCAAUUCACCACAAUAUUUAGAAUUGGAAAGUCUUCUCUUAACCCUUUGGAGUAACUGGUCAGGGAUGCUUGCAUGGCAAAUGGAGAAGUUAGUUGUGAGUUGAAGAAACAGGGCAGGUACCACAUGGUGGCUUCAAGGACAUUAAGUAUAAGAUGGAAGAGGCAUCAGUGGUGCUCCUUACUGGAGCGAAAUACACUGCUGGCCAGAAUGAGAGUAUUUUAGUAGCAUUAUAGCAGCAGGAAAUUGGGUCCUUUUAGUAGACACUUGUAGAAAGACAAGAAAGAGGUGGCAAUGGACAUUCCCAGUGGGGAGAGGAAACCACUGCAGUAGCAACUUUGUAGUCACAACCUGGAAUUUAAUGUACAGUAGAUAGAAACACAGUUGUCUGCUGAUUACAUGGAGAUAAGGCCAGAAUGCAGGUACAUUUUCUCUGUCUCUGUCUGCCUGUCUGUCUUUCUCACAGAGAGAGUAUUUCUCUUUCCCAAGCUUUUGAGCAGCUCUUUUUCUCUUUGCAAAGGAUGGAGUUUUCAAGUGCAUGCAGAGAUCGACAUGUUUCACUCGGGUAGCCUUCCUAUGCCAAUCUCUAAUAUGGAAAAUGUGGGUGUAGCCAAACAAAUAAUCAAAAGUAUUCAUGGGAUCUGUUAGGUCCAGAUGGGUCUGUGAUUGUCCAUCUGCUCCAACAGACAUAGUCAACAGAGGAAGCCACUUUACACUGAAACAGACCACUGGUUCAUCUAACUCAGCAUUGCCUACCCUGAUUGGCAGUGGUCCUCCUGGGUUGCAGGCAGGGGACAUUCCUAACCAUUCACAGAGAUGCCUGGGACCUUUUGCAUGCUCUAUUAUGAACCAUGGUCCUUCCCUCGACAUGACUAGGGCUGUAUGAUUAAUUAUGUUGUAGAGUAACCAGGAACUGGAAAAUUCAACAUAAUUCAUGGAUGUGAAAGAACCUAGGAGAUCCAUGAAGCAGAUCCUGUGGAAAUUGUGGAGCCUCCAAACAGGAUGCCAGAUGUGACUUCAUGAGGCUGGAAACAGAAUACUGAACUAGACUUAAGCUAAUGAUGCUACUGCAGCUCGUUUGUCUCAGCAGUGGAUGCUGGAAAGAGAUGACAGGAUGCAGAGGGAACUUUCUUAUUGUCCAAGCUAGGAAGGGGUGGAAGAUGCUGGUAGGGAUUGUUUUCAGACGAAGAUAGGAGGUUCUAGGCAGGGCUGUUGCUGCACCUGGAUGCAGUAAGGGUUGGCAGUGAGAAGCAGUAGUGAGAGAUUGCUUGAUGGAGCCCGUGGGUGCUGAGUGGGGGCAGGAGCAGUGGAUGCCUGGUGGGGGGCGAGUGAGCUGCUGUGUCAUACUGGGCCAUGAUUGGUGCUUUUCCUGUGUGCACUCAGAACUGAAGCAGGAGUUAAUUGGGAGCUGUCACAUGCUGGGUGCAUGUGAGCCCUUGCCAGCCACGCUGCGGCAUCUAGCUCUGCUCUGCCGCUCGGCUGCCCAGGGAAUUCACCAGCCAACCAGCUCUGAGACAAACACAAAGAAACCUCCGUGCUGCCAGCCUGGGGGCACACACUGCGCAGCCUGGGCAUGCACCAGCCUUGGGAAUAGGGAGGGGGCAGGCAGGGCCUUGGAGGGAGAACUGCAGGGGGCAGGAUAUGCUUCCUACUGGGGCAGGCUGGGGCUGGAGUGAAAUUGGAAUUCCCCUCCACCACCCGGCAGCUCCUGCCGUCAUUCAGACAUUGCUUUCAGCAGGAAGAGUCUGCUGCGUCUAAACUCACUCGCAGCUCCCUUCACAAUCAAGCCAUCUGCCCUGCAUGUUUUGAGAGAGGAACUUUCCAAAUGCAUGCGCUCUUCCUCCACAGUCUGUAAGAUGGAGCUUUUUUCUUGCAAUAGCUGGGGAGGAAUUACAUGUCAUGCACAACUGCACAUAACAAAACACUAUUAGGGUAAAGUAGCUUCAGGAGGGAGGCUGGUUCCAGAGAAGAGGCAGGGAGGCACGAGGAGGAAGUGGGUGCUUAACCCUUCUCCCAGCUGUCAUUUUUCUGUUGCAGCUUCUCCCUGCCCCCCCCGCCACUAUUCCUAUGGGCUUCCAGACACAUGUUUGCAAGGGUGAUCUUGCUUUUGGACCAGUGUGGGGCAGCAGCAGGUCAGGGGAGCUGCAUUAGGAAAGUGUCAGGAGGGGGAAGUGCUAAAGACACUCCACCAUCCCUGUGCUCCAGUUUGCCUGCCCACCCCUGAAGGUGCUUUGCUCAUGAAGUUUUGUUAUGCAUUAUUUGGGGGGAAGGGCAACGUGUAUCUCUACCCUUGCAGAUGACGUUGGUAAGUUUUGCCAUGUGGCCCCAACAUACACACUGGAAAAGAAUGGAGUAGAAGACAGCUCUAGAAGUGCUCCUAUGCAGAGAUUAGGGCAAGGGGCUUUGUGAGUCCUAUACACGAUUGCAUGUGGAGGGAGACUCCGCAUUAGAGGUAAUAAGCAAGUUGGAAGACCUGUGUGAGGAAAAAUCUGCAUGCCAAGAUGUGGAAGCAGCAUCCUCCAACCCAAAUAAGCAGGUUGCAGUUACUUGAGGUUAAUUUAGCAAGCCCAGUCAGGAGGGCCCCGCAAAGAUACCCUUGCUGCUGAAGAGCAGCUUCCGUGGAAUAUGAAAGGAUGCAUUAGGCACUCAGCUGCAGGUUAGGCACUGUCUGCACACGGAUGCUGAAGAUACACGAGGCUAUGCAGGGCGUAAUGGAAUAAUAGCAGGUGGUGGUUUAGACCGGCUGAUGGGAUGACAAGCCACACCCCUAGAUCAUGUCCCACAUAAGGCACCUGAAGGAAUAACAUUUUUUUUGAGCCAAGCCUUUUCUCUUCCUCCUCACCUGGAUUUUACUGGCAAGUUUCUCCCCCUCUCCACACCUUGUGCUUUGCCUAGGACUGUGCACCCCACCCAUCCCCAUGGUGCCUGGGCACCCAUCCCUGUGAAAUGAAUCCCUUCAUGGCUUGUGGGGGGGGGAACAAUUAGGCUUCUAAAGGAGGUGAGUCACAAGUAUGAUUCUGUACUUGUGGGUGGGCUCCGUUAGGUAUCUCCAAGCUAAGCCGCCUACUUUACUGGCUGUUGCUUUUUGCACACCAUGGUACGGGUGCAAUUAUUUUGCCUGGUAUAUUCUGUUAGGGAUGUUCAGCUGCCAAAGAUACUGUUUUACUGCAGAGGUGCGCAGACCUCAGGCUUUCAGGGUCCAUUUUGUUUUCCACUAGAACCCACCAGCCAGAGCCAGGUGAAUAAGAGUGUCUCAUGCAGGUGGCUGAGAAUUAAUUGGCAGAGGUUGCCUUUGAGCACAUGCUCAGUCCAGGAAUAUUAUCAGAACCAGAACCAAGAUCACAUCUUUUCACACACAAAAAUCACCCCUGGUCUCUCGCCAGUGGGGAGUGAGGGGAGGGGGAGCUUUGUUGUUGUUCUUGGAUAAUUGGGAGUUUUUGCUGAUCUACUCCAAAUAAUACAGAGAUCUACCCGUAGAAUCCAACCUACUUUCUGCCCACCUAUGCUUUACUAUAAGUGGUUAUCUUCACUGUUAGGUCCCUUCCACACUUCUACGAUUCAUUCUGUAUACCCAGUUGGUCAUAAGGGUGGCCCAGGAUGCAGCUUUCGUUUGCCUUCUGUCCUGCUGGAGGGAGGGAGGGAGGACCCAACAGUUGGAAUGAAAGCCUAGUGUUAACCCUAGCAGAUCUUUUUGUCUAGUCUGGAAUAACCCUUUGGUUAUGCACCAACAGGGUCACUAAUGUGGGUUCAGAUCCACUCAGUUCACUAGAAUGAAUGAACAGCAUGUGGUGGAAAGCAUUUGACCACGUUUUUAGCACUUUAAAACUAUGCUGGCUGCUAGUACAGUGAGCUAAAGUGUUAAGAGGGUAACUACUCUACAUUUAGUGAUCUUAAUUAUGGGUCUGUAAAUGAUGGUGGGGAAGUUCUGCCACCCUUUCCUAAACCUCAGAUGCUCUUAGAAACAUAGGACGGGAGUUGACCUAAUUGUCACCUAGUUCAUUUCUGCUCUGGGACAUGAUAUUCCAUAUCAGCAGUGUGCCAAAAACUGUCUAUAUGUAUACAUACAUACAUAGAUGUAUAUAUACAUACAUACAUACAUACAUACAUGUAUAUGAAUAUGGAAACUUCAAGGCAGCUUAUUUAAGCAUUUCACACUUUUACAGUUAUUAAAAUUAUUUCUUACAUUUAACCUAAUUUUCUUCCUUGUACUUUAAGAAAAAUUCUUAUCUUUCUUGCUGCUGAGGCUGAAAUGAUCACUUUAGAUCAUUUUAGACAAUACAAAACAGUGAGCCUAUUUCCGCUCCUUUGAUAUUUUCCUCAGGCUUGAAGAUACCCCUUUGAUUCAGCCUGUCCUAAGUGUGAUUUGCAUUUUAAACUGUGAUUCUAUAAACAUUUAUCUGGAAGUAAGCACCACCAAACACAAGUGAACAUGCACAGGAUUGCAUUGUCAGGCUGCAGUUCAGUGCACAUUAUGUAGGUGUGAGCUUUGUGUAACCCAGUAGGACUUUUUUAGACUAAUAAUUUUAGCCUUUGCAGAUCAAGGACCCAUAUGCAGAAUAAUAUGUUUUGCAUCUCCACUCAUCUCUCUCUCUCUCUCUCUUCAAAAACCCUGAAAAGAAUUGUGGUGGCAUGACUCACCAGUUAAAGUCAGAUCUUAGGCCUUUAAUCAUUUUUGUAGCUCUCUUCUGACUCCUUUCCAUCUUCUUGUCAACACCCUCCUUGAAUUGUGAUGCUCAGAACUGUUGCCUACAUGUGAGAAAUGUAUUUUUCCUGGCCUCAAAGCCUUGUCCUUUGUGGUUUUCAGAGACUUUCUGAGCUGGAGUUUAACUUUCGUUAGUUGGUAAUCUAAAAUAAAAGUCCACCAUGGAAUAAUUUCCUCAUGUGUGAUGCACAUUCUGACUUCCAUUGCAUCUGUUUCCCACCCAUUCCUUUUCAUUGCACAGAGUGUUUAAAUUCUGCAUAAACUUGCAGUGGAGCCUGCGAUCAUAUUGUGGGAAGGUGUGAACAAGAGAAAUUGCUACCUGAGCAUAACUCAUGCUUCAUACAGCAAAAUUACCUAUACUUUGGUCAGAAUCUUGCUCAGGAUGCAUUCCCUCCUAAAACUGUCAGUGUGGUUCAGUGAGGUCAAAGGCAGAGUGGAAUUAGCUUUGUAACCUCAGCAACUUGACCCUUCCUGACCCAGAACAUCCCAUAGGGGAUUUAAAAGGGUGAGGGGAGGAAAUCUCUGUUUACAAAAUCCAGUUUGUGGGUACUUUGACUGCAGGCUCAUCCCCAAUUUUGUUCAUUUCCCUUCAUCUACCAGCACAUUGCCAGAAUUGCCUGGUUUCCGAAACCACUCAGCUUUAUUCAGAGCUAUUCAUACAUUAGCUGAAGUUGUCCUGUCAUAGACAAGUUGGCUGAGGACUAAGAGCCCUGCUUUGUUCUUUCCUAGGGAAGCCCUAUAUCAGGGGUAGCCAACACAGUGCCCUCCAUAUGUGGCUGGGCUGCAGCUUCCAUUAUUGCUUAUCCUUGGGUUUGCUAGCUGGGGCCGACAGAAGUUAUACUCUAUGGUAGUGUCUCAUACCAAAUGUAAUUGAACUGUGAAAAAGACUCUAUAAACUGAAAGUAGAGAUGCUGUAUAUACUUUAGCUUGUUUAUUUGUUUGUUUUGUAACACAAUAUAAUCUUUAAUAAAAAACAAUUAUUAUUUUUUAAAGAAGGGCACCACUUUAGCUGCAUCUGCCUUAUAUCAUCUAAAUCAUGUUGAUGGAAUUUGUGCUCUGUAUGUUCUACGCUGAUCUCUGUUUCCUGCCAGUUUUUGGUGAGACUCUCUACUGGUUUUAUUCAUGUUCUAGCAACACAGUAUUUGCUCCGUACAGGGACUAGGUGUCAGCCACGUUAUUGCUGAUUUAAAUUCGCCUCUCUUCACCUGUAGGUUGGGCAUUCCAGAUAACAGAGUCUCCACCAGCAGGGAGUCAUGUCUUUUGCCACGGAGUAUAUGCAAUAGUAUUCAAUAAAUAAAUUUAAAGGUGACAGGAAGACUAAAGAGACUGGGUGGGGAUGAGCACUUCAAGGAUUGGAAUGCCACUCACUCAAAGAAAGAAUGGAAGAGGCUUGGAGAAAGUUGAGGACUGAGUGGUGUGCUUGGAUUCUGUUGUAUGUGCACUCUCAUGCUGAUAGGAUAAAAGAUAUGGGUCAUCCUACAUAUUUCUUUUGGUCUGGAUUGGAUUGGAAAAUGGAUUGGCUGAGCCCAGUGUAGACUCCUAAUCUUCAUUACCCCUGCUGCAAAAUGUGAGUAAUAACGACCUACCUCACAAAAGUGUUGUGGGUGGACAUGGUACCGACUGCAAAGCUGCUGGCAGCAGAAACACUGCAGCACAAGGGAAAACAAAAACAAAACAGCUCCUACUCAUUUUACAGCCAAUAUGAAGAGUUCUGGAAAGGCAGCAGGAACUCCCUUUUCUCUAGCCCAGCCGGGUGUUGAGUAAGAUAAUGCCUUUCAGUUGUUUGUUCUAUGGGCAAGGGCAAAAGCUGUGUUAAGCUAUGCGCCUCUAUUAAUAUGUGCAUAAAAGAGGCCAAGAGAAGGAUGUGUUUUAAAAGUUCUUCCAGCACUGCAUCUCAUUGGAGAUCAGAUCUCAUGCAGUUGGAGGCUAUACAGUGGUACCUCGGGUUACAGAUGCUUCAGGUUACAGACGCUUCAGUUUACAGACCCCGCUAACCCAGAAAUAGUACCUCGGGUUAAGAACUAUGCUUCAGGAUGAGAACAGAAAUCACAUGGUGCUGGUGUGGCAGCAGCCAGUGGUGUAGCGUGGGGGGUGCAGGGGGUGCCGGCCGCACCGGGCGCAACAUCGGGGGGGGUGCUCGCACUCGCAGCUCUCUGCCCCUACCUGGCUCACUCACUCUCUCUCACUGCAGUGCUGGCUGUGCGAAUCCGAUCUGAGCCGCUGGGUCGCCGCCCACUGUGGAGGCGGUGGGUGCCAGGCGUGCGGUGCGGAGAGAGAGCGAGGGACUAUCUGGGGGAGGAACAGUGCAGCAGCCGCCUAGCGCAGCGCUGAGCGCGGGAGAGAACCACACCAGACCAGCCCAGGCAGCAGCAAGAAGAAGCUGGCAGCGGCGGCAGGUUAGGGGUUAGGGGGCGCAAAUUACUUGCCUUGCCCCGGGUUAGGGGGCGCAAAUUACUCGCCUUGCACCGGGUGCUGACAACCCACGCUACGCCGCUGGCAGCAGCAGGAGGCCCCAUUAGCUAAAGUGGUACCUCAGGUUAAGAACAGUUUCAGGUUAAGAACAGACAUCCAGAACAAAUUAAGUUCUUAACCCGAGGUACCACUGUAUCUAAAUAACCUAGCCAGCCACAUUGGUCUUUCCUGUUCUGUCCAUGAGAACACUAACUCAUGGAUAAGUGGCUUCCCCACUGCUGGUAGAAUGCGUAAAUGGCAUUAAGGUUCACAAGAAAAACUUACACUGAUGCAGCUUGGAUUGUUCAGUUCACACUGGAGUUACCUAGCACAGAAGUAUCACCAAUAGCUGUUGCCUGCCAUAGCUCAAUGGUAGAGAAUAUGCUUUACAUGAAGAAGGUUCCAGACUCAAUCCUGAACAUAUCCAGGUUAGGGCUGGGAGAGAAAUCCUUGCCUGAAAUCCUGGAGACCCACUGCCAGUCAGUGUAGACAGUAUUGUGCUAGAUGGACCACCAAUAGUCUGACUAUUGGGAGGUUCCUGUGCAUUGCCAGUCCUGUUCAGCCUUGCUGCCUCCCAGAAUCCCCAGCCUGGCAGGCUCCCAUUAGGGCUUAGUUCUCACUGAGAUGUGAACCUGUGUUUGGGCUGUACCACUUCAGACUAUAGGUGGAGGUUCACAUGACCGAAUGCUCUUCCAGAAAAAAAGGGGUAUGUGUGAUAAUAACUGCCCCAAAUAUGUCUAGAUGGCAGGGGAAAAGCUUAGAAGGCUCCUCAUUCUUAUGAUUCCUAGAGGACCCUUAAGGCUUCUACCUCUUAAGGCUUCUCUCUGCCCACCUAAAAAACAAAAAACCCAACAGCAGCUGGGGCUGCUAAAGCCUUUCAAGAUAUGUAAAAAGGAAACACUCUUCUGAAGAUGCAGAACUCUUAGUUGACUGGCUUAACUCCAUUAGAUGCUCCCCCCAAAUGUGUGCUAUUACAGAAUCUCCCCCCCAAAAAAAAAAAUGAGUUGACUGGGGAUGAGGAAAGGAAUUAGAAUGGCAUAAGGGGGAAAGAGGACAACUUGUACAGCAAAACCAAAUGAAAAUGCAGCUGCUUGCUUACACCUGAGUCCCAGUUUCAAUUUGCAGAGGUUUCUUUUCAGAGGGGAGGGAGGCUGGGGAUCCUAUUUAAUAAUCAAGGUGCCUACUGCAGCAUGUAUCUGGCCUGAGACAAUCCAGAACUGGCAGUUGCUCUUGCUUUUUAAGUCCAUAUCUUCAAGGCAAAUGCCAUAACUCUUCCCUUCUAGGUAUAGCAGCGUGAUCCUUUCAUCUCUUGUCUUGGAAAUUUCAGCUGACCAAGUCUGUGAGCGUCCCUUUCCUUGCUAGAGGCCAAAGGUGUGCGUUGGCUGCUUUUGAAACACAGGCUCUUUCCAGCAACGUAGCUUCUGGAGAAAACUAGAUUCACAACAACCAGUGUCCAGUGGGACUGGCAGGAUAGACGGCAGGGAGACUAACAGCAGGUCGAGUCGGAGCCAGUGAGAGGCAGAGCCACCCCAUGGCUGGUUGUAAGUAUAAGGCAGGCAGGGGGUAGCUGAGGGCAGACUGCAGUUGGUAAGGCAGUGCUCCUUUCACCCAUAUUGACCAGUCUCCACUGACAAUUAGAUUGUUUCCUAUACAGUGGAACCUUGGAAGCCAAAUGCCUUUAAAUUCAAACAUUUUGGUUCCUGAACCCGGAAGUGAUUGUUCCAGUUUUUGAACGAUUUUCAGAAGCUGAACGUCUGGCGUGGCUUCUGCAGCUUCUGAUUGGCUGCAAGACACUCCUGCAGCCAAUCAGAAGCCAUGCUUUGGAAGCUGAACGCUUUGGACUUCUGGAACGGAUUCCGUUCGACUUCCAAGGUGUGACUGUACUUGUAUCCUGCUGGUCCUAUAGUGAGCUCAGAGCAAUAGUUUAACCCCACAACAACCCUGUGAGGAAGAUCUGGCUUGUAGAGAGUGACUUUCCUGGUAAACUUCAUCCCUGAGUGGGGAGGCGAUUCCAGAUUUCUCAUGUUCAAACCCAGCACUCUGCUGCAUCACACUGGCCCUCUAGAGAAAAACAAAGAAUAGUUUUGUAACUGCAAGCAGGCUCUAAAUUGCUUCCUGGCUGAGAGGGGCCGGAGUGUUAUGGAGUGCUCCUGUUCUCAGCAUGGACAGCUUCAUUGAUUACCGGGGAGGCUGAGUGGUGGCUGUAGUGAUGAAGAAACAGAAUUAUUUGCCUGAGCCAUGGGAAGCAGAUACCAUGGUUUGCUUCAGGAUUUUUCUGCAUGUACCCAUAACUUCUGUGACUCUUCUUCCUGAGGAGCAAGCAAAGAAUUUUUUGGGGUUAUAACAUUUUACUGUGGUGUUUAUAGAGAUCAGGGUAGAAGGACAGAGGUACACACUGCUCUGAACUUCUGGUAUUAUGCUGACAGGUGCCAUUGGCCAUUAUGAAUGAAACAAAUCCCCUUUCUUUGCCUCUUAAUGGUGAAAGGACCAGCUCAGUGUAUUACCAGGAACAGUGUUGAAGACUGUGCUGGGGCUCUUGCCCCUUUAGUGUCAAGAGCAAACCAGGAAAAAUGUAUAUAAAAGCACAGAUGCAGAUGUGGUGGCUGUGGAAACUGUGCUUGUUUAUUUGAGAUGUUGGUGGAUGAAUUUGGCUAAUCUCUCUUCAUGUUAAAAUACAGUUAUUUCUAAUCAGUAGAAGCGUUUUGGUGUGGUUUCGCAGCUCACUGUGCAAGGCAAGCCACCCAGGGAGCCUGUUCUUGUUUCUCUCUCUCUCUCUCUGUGUGUGUGUGUGUGUGUGUGUGAGAGAGAGAGAGAGAGAGAGAGAGAGAGAGAAGUUGGAGGAGCUUGUUUAGGUUUGAGGACAGCUCAUGAUGGUCAACUGUGCCCUGCCAUCAGUAUUUCUCAUUCACUCUCUUUCUUGCAAGGAUUCUGCAGGAUCAGUGGUAUUGGACACAGAAUGCAAAGCAUAAUUCCAUCUUAGAUGUAUUUCCUUGCUGGAAUUUCCCCUGCUUUCUCCUAGGAAAAAAAACCUGGUACCUUGUUGGGAUGAGUGUAAUCUGCUUCUCCUAGCAAAGCCACUAAGCAUUUAAUCCUACCAGCCAACAGAGCUUCCCCAGUGUCCCAGUUUAAACCACCAGCCUUUUGUGUGUCUGGCAAAUUCAAGUUCACUUUCAGAAGUUGACUCUCAACCAGUAUUAACUCGAUAGUUUCCUUUGCACAGAACAUCACUCACUUCUGCAGCAGGCACAUUCCUAAUAAAUGUUAGCUGUGUUCAAGCAAUGUGAGUUCCAGUGUUCAACAACAUGGGAGCAAGGAGGAGAGCCACAACAAGUAGCCCCAUCCCUAGGGUGGCAUGUUCCUCUCCUGACAUACAGGUGAAUGUCUAUAGGGAGGGGGGCCUUCACAGGUGUGUGCAAAGGUCCUUUCCCUGCAGACUUUUGUGCUGUACCUGCAGAUGUUGGGGGAGGAGCGUGUGACCCUGGAGGUGGGGCUACUUGGUUAUAUAUAUAUAUUAUAUGUAUUAUAUAUGUGUGUGUGUUUGUGUGUGUGUGUGUGUGUGUAUAUAUAUAUAUAUAUAUAUAUAUAUAUAUAUAUAUAAAAUAUGUAUUUGGUUUCACAGUUCACUGUGGGGAAAAAUAUAAUGAUUUUUAUUAAAGAUUUCUUAGUUUACAAAAAUAUGUGUAUUGUCUUAUUUCGAGCUGUGUUUUCUACAGAUCAGUUUCAUUUGUUGUGAGACAUUAGUGUUGUAUGCAGUAUUAGGCUGAGAAGAAAAGAGGGGGAAAGAGGGGGAGGGUGGAGAGGUGAGUGGGGUGGGAAUGCUUCAUUAUUCUAUUUAGGGGGGGGUUGUGUCAGUGUCACUUGUGUGGUCCAUUAUUGUUGAACACUGGAACUCAUGAACACCCAAAUACUGUAGGACUUUUGUUACAUUUUUGUGACUCUGUUAUGAGGAGAGGAUAGUGGAAACACAGCAGUAUUUUAAUCGUGGAAAAUUUCAGUGAGGCCUGUAUGACGCAAAUACUUGAACUCUUGGGCAGUAUUAGUAUUUGUUGCUGAGUGUUUGUAAGGGACAGUUUCUGAAGCUCAGGCGGGUUGGGAAACGUUAUCUGCCACCACCACUGAAGCCAGUGGGGAACAGCAGCAACUGCAGCACCAUGAUUAGAACCUGCUAAAUGUUUCUUCCAGCUUGGAACCAGCCACCUCAGGCUCAGGAAACAAGUGGAGGAAGAUGGAAGAAUUACCUAUUCAGUAGGGAGCUAUCUGUUUAACUAGGCAGAGUCCCAAUAGGGACUGUAAGCCAGGCUGGAUUGAACUGCACCCCCCCUGGGGAAGGAACUGGCAGGAGAAACUCUAUUCCUGAUGCAUUCAAUAUGCCCCCCCCACGGAAUCCAGAUGCUGGAGCUAAUGGAAAGGGUGGGGCAGUGCGCAUGUCUGAGCCACUGUGCAUGCAAGUUAGUUAAGAGUGAGCAUCUCUGUAUUUGUGCAAAUACAGGCACGCGUGUAUACCAAAUACGUUUGCACACUUGGAAUUCUGCAGUUGAUAUAUUUGUUGUUUGUGUAUCUCUGGUUUGCUUGCAUUUGUGCACAUUUGGGCUUUUAGGAAUGGGCAGGCCUUUCUCCAUAGAAUGCAUAUUGAUGCCUUGGAAAAACAGUAAUCAGCAGCUUCAUCUUGAGAUGCCAAAUCUAAGGCACUCUUCAUAUAAAGACACACACAGAGCGUUUUCCUCCUUUACAAACCUGGGAAAUAAAUUUGCUUUGUGCAAGUCCUGAGGGGGGCUCAGAUAAUCCAUGGUUAUCACCGACCCAUUCCUCCUGAAUUCUAGGUUAAAAAAAAAGAUUUGUGUCGCUGAGUGGGGGAAAUGCUCCCUUCCUCAGCCAGCUGCAAAAAGAGCCCUGCAGAUCCUUCUUAUUGCCCAGCAACUGAAGGAAACCACAAGUCAUGCAUGCAGGUGCCCGAUAAGCCUGCCUUCUGCAGAACAACUCUUGGGAGUGGGUGGGGCUGACUUUGCUGCUGCCUGUCCUCCUUUGCCUAAGUUGCUAUGUACAGUUCCAUAUGCUGAAGCCAUGCUUAGGAAAGGGGCCCUACCAGAUUUCCUACCCAAACGCCAACAUAUAGCAGCCAAGGCUCCCAGUGAUGCCCAAAUCCCCACGUAAUCUUUGCUAUUUUUGCUGGGGGUUGGUCUAUUGAUAUCAUAGGCUGCCAUGAUGUUUCUGCCAAUGUCUCAACAUGCUUACUUCCAUACUUUAAAAAGAAAGUGAAAGCAACCUGUUGUUACUAGUAAGUGAGCAUUUCUCUCACCAACACACAGACGUGUGUGUACACCAUUGCCAAUUGUAUAAUCAGGUAGUGCUUUGUAGCUAACUUGCAUCUGAUUGAUGUGGGCAUGUCAUGCUAGUGCAACUGUAAUUUCUUCACAAGAGCAAGACAAUUGAUCCUCUGCCUUGUGUAGUAACAAUAUUUCACAUUCAGGAAACAGUUUCCUUGUAUGUUGAAUCUUGUAAUCUUGUACCUCGGGUUACAGACGCUUCAGGUUACAGACUCCGCUAACCCAAAAAUAGUACCUUGGGUUAAGAACUUUGCUUCAGGAUGAGAACAGAAAGCGUGCGGCGGCAGAACAGCAGCAACGGGAGGCCCCAUUAGCUAAAGUGGUACCUCAGGUUAAGAAUGGUUUCAGGUUAAGAAUGGACCUCCAGAACGAAUUAAGUUCUUAACCCAAGGUACCACUGUAUAUGCUUCUAAAGUGUAGCCUUCCACCACUGGUGCUGUUAAUGUUCAAAAUCUUAAGUCAACCACUAAAAGCCAUGAGAAUGAGUUCAGAAAUUCUAAACGCACAUGGAUAUCUUUUUUAAAAAACAGUAUUUAAUUACCAGUUCCUGACCCUUUGAUGCAUUCUUCCAUCACAUUUUCAGCCUUUUCGUCUAGGGAUGAAAGAGGUGAUUAAUCAAUUUAAAAUGUUACUUUUAUUUUUUUAAAAAAAUCAGGUUUUAAUCACUAUGGGGAGGAUGUUGGAAAAAGUAAUUUCUGUACACUUCUUGACUCCACUUAAGUCAGUGAAGAUAAUUUCCUCAAGAAGGAGUGAUCUGCCUGUUUUUGUUAGCAAGCAAAAACUGAUCUUGAUUAAAUAUCCUCAACAUAUCCUCCAAUAUGGCUAAUUGAAAGAAACAUACAAUAAAUGCUUCAAGCAGUUGGAGACUCUGUUUUCUUCAAAUUCACAAGAAUUCCUUAGUUUAACUAUGUGCUCCCAGAAGAUAUAGUGAUGGUGGCUAACUUGGAUGGCUCUAAAGAAGUUUGGCCAAAUUCAUGGAGAAUACGACUGUCAAUGGCUAGUAGCCAUGAUGGCUAUCUUGUCGCCCCACUGUUGAGGCAGUAUGCCUCUUAAGUACCCAUUGUGGGGUUUCACAUGGGAAGAGUUCUCUGCGCUCAGGUCCUGCCUGUGCAGGCAUCUGGUUGGCUACUGUGAGAACAAAAUGCCUGAUGCAGCAGAGUUACACUAGGAAAAGGUUAAGAACAACAAUUUGUUCAUUUCCCCCUUCCAAGUUCAUUGACUUCCAUUUUGCUCCAAAAGAUGUCCCAAGCUUUACCCAAAGCCAUGCAAAUGUCUCCAGAUACAUGGUUAUUCUGGGGAACCAACUUGCUUCAGUAACUGAUUAGUUUACAUGCAUAAAGGAUGAACCUUGAAUGUGAAGUGAGCUGAAAGUCUAGGCAUGGUCGCUCUUUCCUUUCUAGCACAACAAUUCAAAUAAGAUAAAGGUUGUUAUCUGUGGUGGGUGGAGUCCACAGUUUCCUAGAGAAGCACAAUAAAUUGUAAAUGGCUGAAGAGAUUCAACCAGGGGUGUGUUUGCUUGGCUGGUUGCUCUAAGAAUCCCCCUGCCCAAAAAGCAUCCACUUCUCAGAGUUGUGCAAGGCUGUUGGUUACAAACAACUCCCCAGAUAACAAGCUUGAGAUGGAAGAGUAUACAGUAUUUGGCAAACUCUGAUAAGCAACUCAGCUCCUGUAAAGCAUGUGGGAAGGGGUGUGCCAUGCUUUGGGGUCUGUAGAGUUGCAUGGGGUCAGGAUUGGGACAGCUGUAGGCUAUGUGGCUUGUGAGUAAGAGCACUUUUUUGUUCUGAAGGGGGUAAUGAUACAUUACUGUGGUGCAUUUCCCCCUUCUAUUUAUUCCAAACAUGCUACUCCUCCUCUCCUUCUCAGCCCUUUCUCCUGGCUUGUUUAUGUGUCCCUUGUUAACAAGAGACUCUGAUGGACGGUUGUCAUCUCCUUGGCAUUUUGUUUGCCACUAGAACUCACAUACAGGUGAGAAGUGCCAGAGUAUUAGUGGGCCUGUCUGUGGCUUUCUCUCUUUUGCUGUUUGACAGCAGGGUGGUUUGAAGAGCUGUGGAGCAGCUGGCCUGUGCUCUUUCUGUCCCUUCCCUAGCAGGAAGAGAAUCACCGCUGCAUGGAAUUGGCAUGCACAGAUGUAACAUGAAACCAGAAGGUUAGGGUAAUGCAGAAGUUAUUGGUCUGCCAGAAGCCACUUAAGUGGAACUCUGCUUGAGAGUUGUGAGCUGCAUAGUACUAGGUGUGUGGUAAAGGUAAAGGGACCCCUGACCAUUAGGUCAGUCGCAAACAACUCUGGGGGUGCGGCGCUCAUCUCACAUUAUUGGCCAAGGGAGCCAGCGUACAGCUUCUGGGUCAUGUGGCCAGCAUGACUAAGCCGCUUCUGGCGAACCAGAGCAGUGCACGGAAACGCCAUUUACCUUCCCGCCAGAGCGGUACCUAUUUAUCUACUUGCACUUUGACGUGCUUUUGAACUGCUAGGUUGGCAGAAGCUGGGUGUGUGGUAGUUUCCAGCAAAAGGUUUUGCUAGUACAGACAUCUUUCUGUAGGGUUUUGGUUAGCAAGUAGAUUGGCUUGCCAGCUCAUCUGGACCUCAAAACUAGAGUGAUCGCUACUUCCCUAUAGGGAUAGCUGCUCCCCCUUAAGAGGGCACCAAUCCCAUGGGAACCACAAGAGCACUUUGGGUGCUACAGGCCUUCUUUCUAGCUAUCCACUAGAGCAGCCUUCCCUAUUUUGGUGGCCUCCAGAUGUUGUUAGACUCUAGUUUUCAUCACCUCCAGCCAGCGUGGCUAAUGGUCAAGAAUGAUGGGAGUUGUAGUUUAAAAUGUCUUGAGGGCACCAAGUUGGAGAAAGUUGCACUAGGGCAUUUUUAUGAAGCAUUUUCUUCCCUCUGCAUGCUGUAUGGCUGUUUGUUAUGGUGAUUUCUCCAAUUCCACCAACCCUGUCCACUAGGCUUGAUAUCACUGAGCAGCCAGAGGGCAAGGCUGUGUGCACCCUACACAGUUAAAGCACUUUCAAAGCACCUUCUUUCCCUCAAAAUAAUUUUGGGCACUGUAGCCUGUUAAGGGUUGUUGGGAAUCAUAACUCUGUGAGGGGUAAACUACAGUGCCUAGAAUUCUGUGAGGGAAAGAAUGUGCUUUCUCCAGUGUCCUUUAAUGUGCUUCAAAUGUCCAAGUAAGAGUGAACUAGUGGAAGUUUCGUUGAUCAGUGGGCCAGGUGGAAGUUUUCCUCAACUGGGCAACAAAUCCAGUUGCUGAAAAUUUAUAUAAGUAGCUCUCAUAGGAAAAAUAUUUUCUACAAUCAAGCGGCACAUAUAUAUUUUAUGAAAUAACAAUUAAUAAAUAAAAAUUGUACCCAUUGUUUACUCAGAAGUAAGUUUCAAUGAGUUCAAUGGGGCUUACUCUGCAGUGGGUGACUAUAGCAAUGCAGGCUCAGGAAGUCAAUUUAGGGAGCAGUAUGGUUGUAGAGAGACACUUGAAAACUCGUCUCAGAGAAUCACAUAGUAACACUUGCUUCUUUUUCAAUGCCAGCUUCAUGUUCAAAACCAGCACCACCCAGUGAAAACCAAAGGCUCUAGGCCAGGCCACCGAGAAGUGCCCCUUUAAGUGGCAUUUUUUUUUAAAGGGAGAAAUUAGUAAACUGUACCAGUGUUCUGCUAUGAAAAUAAUGGGCCAUAGGCCAAGUCCUUGUUAGCUUGUUUGAUAAUCCCUUCGCUGGUCAAAAUGACCUCAAUCUCAAUUGUCAGAAAAAACCCCCAACAACAAAUCAGGCACAGAGCCAACAAAAAAAAUAUUGACUGCUCACAAUCUUUUGUUGGGAUCACCUAAAUGGAGCUUAUGGUCCAGUUUGAGAAUCUCUGGUCUAAUAGCUUAAUGCAGGAAUCAGUGACAGUUACAAGCUCUGUCGAAAUGUUUUCAAAGUUGCAAUCAGAGCAACUUUAAAAUAAUUUCCCUUCUGUCUCAAUGACUGGUUCAGAGACACCUGAUGUCUCUUCCAGUGAUCUUCCAGGGGCAUUGCAGGGCCAUCAAACAAAUUAAGGCAUGCUGUCCGCCUUUUAUUCAGGUCAAUGUGCAUUACAUUAUCAUACAAUGCAAGCACAAGAAUUGGUGUUGGGGUCAAACUUCAGCAUCCUGAGAAUGUCACCUUCUUUUAAGUUUCUAGGCUGCAAAACAAGAAAGACUUGAAAAUGCCCUGAACAUCAUAUGAAAUCUCAGAAGCCAGAGGGGGAGGAAGACAGGAAUUUCAGUAGACAAGCAGAACAGAUUUAGCACCUGGCAUAGCUCUUUGUUCCUCCCUAUGGCUAACAGAAAAGGAGUAGAUUAUGCAAAAAAUAAUAAUAAAUCAAAUUGAUAUUGCAUGAUUUUAUACAGGCCACUUCAUUCGGUUUCCUUGGUCAAAAACAAUGAUUUAUUUAUCUCUAGACAGACACAGUCUCUUGAUUAUAUUGAGCUACCAACAAACAACAGAAGACAUCAAAUUAUUCCAGGUUGCUAUAUGCUAAAGGUGCCUGCAGGGCAAUGAAAAAGUUGGUAAAACUAGCUUUGUUGUUCAGAAUACUGUCAUGCCAGGAAUCUAUGUAAAAUCGGGUAAGUUUUUGUAACCUAAUAGAAUCCAGCUGGAGCAAAAACUGCCCGUAGCUGUGAACCCCGCUUGAGGCCCUGCUACACAUGAAGUAGCCACAUGUUCCUGUAUAGCACAGGAGAUAAGCUGAGUGGCACCCGUAGCAGAAGCAUACCUGGGUACUGGGAACAUAGCAUAGAAGCUGCCUUGCUGGGGGCAGCUCUUUGGAAACCUCAUUGAUCAGUGGCAACAAAAGAAAUGAGAUCAAAUGACAGUGGACUCUUUGCCUGUGGAACUAGGACUAGAGAGAGAAGAUGAAGGACUCUGUUUAGCAGGCCCUGAAGGAAGCACUUAACUGCCUGAAACAACAGGAAACACCUGCUCAGCUGUGGCCUUUGCAAGGUGCAGAUGUCCCCCCUCUCCUCCGGUGACUUCGCAUGCCAACAAGUCCUGGGGUAGACAGCCUGCCUCUCAGAUGAGGGCCCUUCCCCACGUCACACACACACACAGCCCCAGGAUUUGUUGGUGAGCAAUUGUUUUGGUGCUUUCUCUGGAGUUAACCAGUGUCCCUUCAAGCCCCUCAGGGUCCUACACAUAGGAUCUGGAAAUCUGACCCAACCUGCACCCUCCAUAUUCCCUAAGGCGUUCUAACCAUCUUGGCUAUCCAAUCUUGGCAAAGCCCCAGCGAAAAGGACUUAAGUUUCUGAGCAGCUGUGUCUCUCUUCUAACAAGGGGAAGUGCUCCUCGUCGGAGAGCGGCAUCCGUUGCCACGUGGUUGGAUCAAUGGCCGUAAAGCUGUGUCUGUGUGAUUUAUAUCUCCCAGAGCACCAGUGCUAGCUGCACAGAGUACAGUAAAACGGGGCUGGUGAACUGUGGCACAUGAAAAGACUGGAGAGAGAACUGCAGGAGUUGAGAGAGAGAGAGAGAGAGAGAGAGAGAGAGAGAGAGAGAGGUUCUUGUGCUGCUGGACUCCUAUGUAUAAAAGGUGGAGGGGAUCUUCUUCUUCUUCUUCUUCUUCUUCUUCUUCUUCCUCUUCCUCUUCCUCUUCCUGUUAAAAUAUGUAUAGUUCCCUUCAUCCAAAGAUCACAGGGUGGUUCACAACAUUAAAAUACAAAAUGAGAACACAAAAUACACAAUACCUCCCACUGGAGACCGAAUAGGACUUCCGCCAACCACAUCCCAGUCCUGCUUCAGCAUCCAUCCAAUGCCUCUUUAAUUAUUAACUUGACCAGAACCAGAACCAGCUGGAGCUGCUGCAUCUUUGUGGACCUGCUCCAAAGAGGGAUCGCUGAAGGUGAGGAUGCGCUGCAAGGCUGCUGUAGCGUAAGGAUGCCCUAAGUGAGCAGACGGGAGAAUAAAAUGCACACACAGGGCAUGUUUUCUUUCCGCCUACCCAAAGGUUGCUAAAGAUGUGUUCCUACUAGAGGAUGUGUUCCUGCGACAUGGACUGAUGCUGCUAAAAAAUGAUACUGCUGACUCCCACGCCUACCAGUCUGCAGGACUUAGUGGUUUUCACCCAACCCAAAUACAUGUGGGAAAAUUAGCCCCCCAGUUUCUGGAUUUUGAUACACCCCAAGAGGCGCAGGUAUAAUAUGCACCCUCUCCAUGCCUAGCUAACCUGAAUCACAGAACUUCUAGCUUUGUUGGGAAGCUUGUUUCUCUCAUUUCCUAAGCCCAUUAUAAUAUGUAUAUUGACAUUCCUUAUCACUGCAGUGUUGAUGGUGGUUCAGUUGUGUGAUGUGUGAAUCUGAGAUGUCAGGUGGGACAGAAGUCUACAAUGUGUGAAUGCCUGAAAGAAGUGUACUCCACUGGAUUAAUAGAUCUAGUACUUUGAUCUGGAAGAUCUUGAUGUAUAUUCAACUGCUGCUAAAGAUUACUUAUAUAGUUCUGAGAGAAAAAUGUUCAGCACCAAUCCCACCACACCUGUAGAACAGGAAUCCUGAUAACUUUUCUCUCACAGCAUUGUGGUGAGAUUAAAUACAAUAAAGGCUGUAAAGCACUUAGGAAAUCAAGAAUGUUAUAGUAGGCAGUAUUUUUGUUCUUAUAGUAGUAUUAGAGGCACCCUCGUUACUUUCAGUGUCUUCCUGUUCUAGCAAGACAUAAUAUGACAGAUGAAAGAAAUGAGUGUUCUGGAUUCUUUAGUUGAGAUUCCUGCAUUGCAGGGGGUUGGACUAGAUUACUCUCAGGGUCCCUUCCAAUUCUACAACUCUAUGACACUAUGAAAAGGAUUUAAAACAGUGUUGGCGCUUAGAGUUGCUUUGCUAUGCUUCCCAGUGUAGCACAAAUACAGGUGUGAAGAGGAGGUGGAAGGGGAUAAGCUAUUUUGCUGUACCUCCAAAAUAUCAGAUUUAUAUGAUUGUUACAGCAAGGGAUUGGGUCUCCCUUUCUAGGAAGCCUUGAACUUGCAUCAGCCACAGGUUAGAAAGCUCACAAAUAUGUGUGCAUUUGGAUAUGCUGUGGCUCCAUUUCCCAAGCUCAUGCAGCUUUGGGUCCUGAAGAAGUGUUUCCUUGCCACUGUGGAUUGUUAGGAUGGUACCUGUUAAUGCCAGGAGAGGGAAAUGAUUAAAAAUAAUAAUAUUUUACAAGGGUUAUUAUUAUUUUUUAAAAAUCAGACUCUGGAGUUAUCAGGAAAAUAGCUUCAUAACCAGCCUUUCAGGUUCCAUGUGACCAUUCAGUGUUUUAUCACAUGGUAUGGUACCCUGAAUUUUGGAAAAGACUCAACCCUUUGCUGCAGUAGUGAACAUAUAGCAGCACCAUCCUUUCCCAGACACCAUCACUACAGCAAUAGUAACUGGGCACAUCAAAUAACAGAUCCACCAUGGUGCUUCUGCUGAGAGGAGCAGUAUCUCAUGAAGGUGCUAUUCUGUGACUCAUCCUGUUUUGUCUGCCGUUCCUUGCAAAACCCAAGUUUAUUAGAGGACUGCUUGGUAGCAUUUUAAAUCAGAGCCAGAAACUGUCCCUUGCACCUAGGGCUAGAACCCUAGGCUAUGCUGCUUUUUUAUGGCAUUGAAGCAGCCAAGAGGAGAAAUUCUAUUGCUGCCUUUGCUUAUUAGGCUAGAAACUCUGUGAUCCACUUGGGAGACUGAGCAUAGAUCUGAGAACGUAGUAGUAGUAGCAGCUCUUUUUUUUAAAUACUGGUUUGCUUACCUUGAUCAUUUCCCUGUCUGCUCUUCUGUUGAGCUCAAAUGGGUGAAACACCUUCACUACAGUUGUCUGGAACCACCCAGAAGUGUUCGCCUAACAUUUUAAUGUUUACCAUUUCACUAGAACUGAAGGGGCAACACAGUGAAAUUAAAACUAAAAUCUAGUUUUUGUUUUUUAAGUUCUUUACCACAGCAUGCAUCAUUGAUCCUUGAAACAUGCUACCAUAAGAUCAUGGUGAUAGCCAAUAGUUUAACUAACUUCAAAAGGUGUAGAAUUUCUUCCUAGACAUAAUCCUUUCCAUAGCCAUUAACUAAAAUGGUUCAGACAUCUUAUUUCUUUAUAGAAAUAUUUUUAAAUGAAAUAGCAGUAUAAUAAAUAUCAAAGCAGUUUGCAACAACAACAAAAAAGAGUAAAACCACACAGUAAAAAACCAUCUAAAAAAGUUAAACACAGACUUCAAUUAACCAUUGUAGAUGUGUUCUUCAUUUCCUUCACAGGGCUGGUGGAAUAGAAAAGUUUUCAGCAGGCGUUUAAAAGUUGAAGCUGAAGGCGCCUGCUGAAUCUCUGUUGGCAGAAUAUUCCACAGGCCUGGGCUGAUGACUCUAAAGGCUCCAUUUCUUGUUAUCAAGUGAGCCUGGCCAACUUGGGGAAUGAUCUACAACAUUCCUGAAGAUUAUUUUAGUUCUUGCAGAUUAUUUUAGUUAGUGAUCAAAAUGGGAUAUAAGGGUUCGGGUGAUCCCUGAGGUACCCUGGACCCAAGUUGUUUAGGAUUGAGAGUGAAAUAACUGAAAAGUGAAUGGCAAAGGCUGGAGUUAUAUGCUGAUUCACUGCAGUGUUUCAGGCUUCCUCUGGUACAUCUGGAGCUGGUUCUUGUCAGAGAGGGGAUCCUGUGCUAGAUGUACUAACCACAUAAGACUGAUCCUUUGUUUUUAUGUAGCGGAGACUCACAUCUCCUUGCUAGACCCUCACUAGAACCAACUCUGAUUCUCAGGAAAUUUGUGACCUGAAUUCUGUAGCUUAGAGUCUGGUAAUUAGAACCAUUCCUAUCGUUAGGCUGUUCCCGAAAGCAGAGCUUUGGUUUGUCCCAGUGGCAGUUUGACACACAGCACUUUAGCUACGUUUUGUGUGUGUGUAUGAUUUCAUAUUUCAGCACAUAAUCCAAGCCCCGACUCCUUUUAUGAAAAAGAAAACAGAUGUGUAGCCUUUCAGCUGCAGUUGCAAUUGCACGUUACCCAGAGUUCUGCAGAAUGAAGCAUUCUUCCAUUAUUUUCUUACUUGCUCAGAUGAGUAGCAGGCAUUUAAAAUGCUGUAUUUAUUGACUUCUGAUUUUAGCAUCUGAUGACAAUCCUGGUUCAGGCUGCCAGUACAUUUAGGCUUGUGCUGCUAAAGCAAGCCAUCAGUUAAGUGGAAGGCACACAUUCCAUAUUUUGAGGGUUUGUUCUAUCACAGUCAAACCUAGAACCCGGUAACUUUAAAAAAGUUUAUUGUGCUAGAACAGUUGUAUAGCUGCAGCUGUAUAUGUGUGCACAUUUGCACAACCAGGCAUAUACUCCCCCCCCCCCAAUUAUUUUCCAAUGCUCAAUUGAAGGAAGCACCUAAUUUUAUGCCUUGAAUCUUACUGGCUUUUCUACAUGGUGUAUAUCUCAAACUUACUCUUCAUUGCAGGAGAAUUAAAUAUACCAACCAACACCAGCCAAUCUGAGUGGCUAAAAAGGCUUGCUCUAAAAUGAAAUGAUACAUACUUGGGGUUUAGUUUCCAAGUUGAAACAAUAAUGUGUUGUUAUUACUUUUUUCAGGAAAAAAUGCAAUUAAAAGUUCUGAAGGAAAAAGUGUCUUUUGCCAGCUCUGUCCAUCAGUUCUCAUUUGCAAAAGCUGCCAUGUGUCCUUAUUUUGGGAUGUUACAUUCUACAGAACAUAUAUUGCCCAUAGAACAGGUGUUGAAAACUCACUUUUGUCCAUCGUUUCUGGCUAGCACUGGAUUUCAUGCUUCCCUGCUUAGUAACAUUUAGGGUUUGAAAGACAUCUUGUCUGUACCUGCAAGGUUCCUAUAUCCCAGGGCAGCUCUGAAGGGGACACAGUGGCAUUAGACCUAAUGAGUUGGAACUUGUAGCUCUCCAGCUGUUGUGGGAUUAUGGGAGUUGUAGUCCAGUGAUGUCUGGAAGACACAGGUUCCCUACCCCUGCUUUAGUUCAAUACUAUCUCACAUAAAGACCAAUGCUAUAGAUUCACUCUGUUUCUAAAAUUAGAAAUGUGAAGGCUCAAACGUGCUUGCAGGUCACUAUCCUGCGCUAGAAACCUUCCACUGAAUUCUAAAUGUGCUCAUAAUAUUUGUAGUUAUUCAUCAGGCGGCCAGUAUAGGUACUCUUAUUUAUGAUUACAUGACAUGUUCAAGGCUGAGCCCUAGGCUAAGGUUGCAUCCUUUUCUCCUGACAGUGGUUCUGUGCUAUUGACAGCUGGAGGACAUGCAGUGAUGCAAAAGGAAUGGCUUUUGCCAUUCCCAGCAACCAAACUGUGAAGCUGUUGGCUCCUCUGUUGGAUGGGGGGAACUGACAAUCUGAGCCCUAGGUUCCAUGGCUGUCCUUGGUGAGCCACAGCACAAGUUUAGUUCUACUGGUUUUAGCCAUUGCUCAUAACAACUUGACACAAAUUCAGCCCUGCUGCAAGGGAAGACAUAACUGUUUUUGGCUACAUUUAGAAGAGACCCCAUAUCACAAAAAGGCACCACAUCCUGGGAAUUGCAGUGAAGGCUUUGGACUGCACAGCCCUAGGAUGUCUCAACCCAGUUGCCCUAAUUACACUGAGAUAUAAACAUUUUGCAUCUGGCAUUGCAGAAAUUUAGGCUUUUGGUCUACUCUAAAUCAAACCCUCCAAGCUAGCAGGAACUGGAGUAGUUAAAUGCCCAUCUCCUCACAUGCAGUUCCGCCAGUAAUUAUUUUCGUGGUUGUUUGUGGGUAACAAAAUAUCAGUUUCAGCUGGAUUCUAUGCAUGUUUAAUUUACUUGGAAGUAACUCCUACUAAAUGCAAAGGGUUUUUGCUUCUUAGGUGCGUCCUUGCAACAAACUAGCCAGUAGGAAAAAGCACUUCAAGCUAUUUCAGCACGCACCCCCAACCCUUUCAUUGAAUUAAAGCGAUUUGGGCACAAGACUUGCGUAGAUGGAAGAAACGAGUGAAACCUCCCAACGUGGCGAAGUUUCCUUCCUAUAUUUGCAAGACCUGGAAUAAGGCAGGCUUUGAAGCUCUCCAUCCCGCUUAGAUGAGGGUGGGGGGAAUUGGCCUUUUUUGUUUUUUCGUUUUUGCUGUAGAGCCAGAGAGUUACUUCCAUGGUGGGAGAAGACCUGGUACUUCCCAGCCUGCUUUACUUAGAGUGGGGAGCUUUUUCACCCACCCCUCUUCUUCUUCACCAUCAUCAUCUUUAAGGGCGGGUGGCAUCACCUCCCACCGCAGCUUUCUCUCCUCUGGUCUUUCCGGCUGCCUAGCGUCCCCUUCCCUCCCUGGGAUUUACCUCUUUCUGUCUGGGUCUGUCUCUCCCUUUUGUUUUUCUCAGCCUAGGCAUGGCAGAUCCCUCCCUCUUUCAUGCGAUCAGAGCAGCCCCUGGAGCGGGGGAGAGAGGAGUGGGAGUGGGGAGGGAAGGCCUCCUCCUCCUCCUCCUCCUCCUCGGAGAGGAGCUUCUGGGCCUCUUUCUGAAAGGCACAGGGAGGUGUGUGUGUGCGCGCGUGUACGCGAGAGCGAGCGUGUGUGCAAGAGCCGAGCCUCCUCCAUGCCCCAACAGAGGGCCUGAGACAGCAGCAGGAGCAGCCAUUGUUCAGGGAAAACCUGGCAGACAAAGGACGGGCUUCCUCCUUUUCACCGAAGCCUUCCUGUUUCCUUCGGCGGCCGCUCGCUCCGCUAGGCCUCUCGGCAGCUGCCGCCGCGCUCCGCUCCCGCCUGGUCCAGUUGCAACGCGGCUCCUGGCCUUUUUCUCAAUUAUUCUUUCCAUUUUGAACUUUCUCUCUCCUCUCCCCAUGGCUGGCUGGGAGUAAAGCACCCUCGGGCAGCAGGGAUGUUCUGAGUUCCCGUCUUGCCGCCGUCUCCCACUUCUCCCCCCACCCCACCGUCCCGCCCCUCGCCCGCAACAGCGACACUCCGCCACUUCUCCCCAGGUAAGGCUCGGAGCUCGCCGCUCGCGCUCGAGGCCGUCCCGGGUGCCUGGGAAAGGUCCGGGGUGUGUGUGUGUGGAGGAGCCGGCGGCGGCGGGGGGCGGUUCAAUGGCUUCUUCCCAGCCACGGCUCUUGCAUGGAUGCGGCGCGGCGAAGGGCUUCCUCCAUCCGAGCAUGUCUGCGCUCCCAGAGCCAUGUGAGGAUUGGGAAGGAGCUGUGCUGGGCAGGAAAGGCAGAGGGAUUGAAGACACUCCGGCUUGCAUUUUGGGUGGGUGGGAGGAUCUCCCAGCGAGGGGGUCUUCUUGUUCCCAGCCUGUUUUUCCCCCUUUCUUCUGGAUUCCUCUCUCUCAGCCCCCCCUCCCACCCACGGUGUCUUCAGGCAGUGACACUAGGCCUUACUCUCCUCGGAACAGAGUUGCAAGCUGGGCCUUAAGUAAGAGGGGGUGUGGGAAGGGAAAGGAACUGAGGGGGUCGAUUUGGGGAUGGGGGCUUCCUGGGUCUGUGGGCUUUUCUUAGGAGCAGCAGCAGCAGCAAAGAUCAUAAAGUUUCCUUCAAGGUGUGUGUGUAUGUUUGGUCAGUGGGCGAGGGAGGCCGCCAAGACACUAGUGAGACCAGAAUUCUCCUCUAGUGGAGUUUGCAACUCCCAAGUCUGCUGUUUUCAAAACAGGGGAAUGGCAGAAUCUCAGAGUGUUAGGAAGAAAUUGUGGGAUUGGGUGGUGUGGUUUUUUUGAGGGGGGGGAUAGGUCCCUGGAGAUAAGCAGCACUAGGGGUCGCAGUGUGCAUGAUGGGGUCGUUUAAUUUUUCUUUGCCGGAGGCUGUUCUCCUGCUGUCACUCUGCAGCAGCCUUCCCUGGCCUCAGACCCUUUCCUUCUGUCUUGCUUCAGCUUCUUUCUGUAAACCAGAAUAGCUUGUGUUUGGCUGAGAGCUCUUUCCCCUGGAAAACCAGUUAUAAGUUUUUCCAGUUUCCAGGCUGCUCAGCGAGGCUAGAGCUGGACAGGGUGGUGGAGGAGUGGCCUUUGCAUAUCCAGUAGGUCGGUGCUGGAGUUGGGAUUCUGUCAGGGUGGAAGCUCUCUUAACCAAGCCUUCCCCUGUUUUAUGCAUUUCUUAAGUUUCAAACAAAUAUUCGGACAUGGGAUAGGACCGUAGUUCCUGGGGGAAAUGUGGGAAGUAUUUUCAAUUAACCUGUCAUAUUCUGUGAUUCUUCUUAGUAUUCACAUGCUUUGUAGCUCUAUCAAACCCUGUCCAGGGGGCAAAAUUUACAUUGUCCACAAUGUCUUCAACUUGGAAGAGCCGGCGACUUGUACCCAUAUGAGUUUAUUUACUGUGGUCCUUCCCUAGUGGAGAGCACAUUUGUCUUGGGAUCAUUAGACACACUGGCUAAUUCUAAUCUAGACCCUAGCUGCUGGUUGACUCAGAGCAGGGUAAAGAGGGGGGGAUAUGUUGAGCUCAUGAAAGAGAAUUCUCACCUGCACUAGGCUUAAAUGAAGCCUUCUACAACCUAGUGCCCUCCAGAAGUUUUGGACUGCUAACCUCAACCCCAGCCAGCAUAGUCAAUGGUCAGGGAGAAGGGGAGAGGUAGUCCAUCUGCAAUAAUUGGAGGGCACCAGGUCGGGAACAGCUGUUUUAGUGUUUCUUGGGACUGUGUACUGAAAUUAGAACACGUUCAGUUCUUUACAGACUCUUGCCUCAAAGAGGCCCUGCAUACCAGACACUAACACUGUUAGUGUAGACAACUCUACAGAACUUGAAUUUCCAGUUUAGUAUCUCCCUUUGGUUUCUUGCAAGUCCUCAGAACAGGGAGAAGGAUUUGUUAAAAUCUCAGCUAAAGGUUUGACAGACUACCUUGUGGCACCUUAAAGACUAAGCACAUUUAUGACAGCAUACAUUUUUGUGGACCAAACUCUUGUCUAUAUGAAAGUUUGUGUCAUAAUAAAUUGGUUAGUCUUUAAGGUGCCUCAAGACUUUACAUUUUUGCUUGAACAGAUUAACAAGGAUAUUGUAUUCACUUUAGGUUUUGUUAUUUAGGUGCUUGGUCUCCAGACUUUGGGAAGUGUGUGUGUGUGUGUGUGUGUGUGUGUGUUAUUUGACAGCAAAUCAUAAAAAUCUUUGGACCUCUGUUGUGUGUUGACAAUGUCAGUAUUCACUGUGGAAAGAUAGAUAAGGGAUGAGAUGCAGUUUCUCUAGAAGAUUUGGUGAAUAGAGGCUGCAAUCAAGAGCUGCUCAAGGGGCACCAUCUGUCCUCCAAGGUUUAAGUUUCCCCAUCUGGGUAGUUAUUCUGAACAUGGGAUGACUAAAGCAGUGCUGGAAAGCAACAACCUCUCCAUGACAGACUGGCCACAUGCAGUGUAAAGCACAGUAUUGUGCUUCAUCUGCACUGAGCCCAGUAGGGAGUACAAACAGGUCAGUAAGAAUCAUUUAAGGAAGCUGAGGAAAGCAAAUAAUAGGUCAACAGCCAACUUAUUAAUCUCCUUAGUUCUUUGUUAUAAACAAGCCGUUUCUAUCUUUUCUGCAUAUUUGCAGGGCAAUUGUUGUGAGUUUAUUUGGAGGAGUAUGCUGGUAAAAUGUUUACGUUUAUAUUUCCAAAGGAGAUGUCUGAUACUUUGGUGUCUCUCCUUUUCUGGAAGCAUCAAUGAAGGAGCUGAAGAGGUCUCCCCACAAUGGAUAAUCUCUUGUUGCUGGGAAGUUUUGAAUGCACAGGGAUCUGUGUUUGAGUUUUGUGUCUCACUUGGAACAGUGCAGAAUCAUAAAGCACUCUAAAGAUUAAAAAUGUAACUGUGACUCUCACAACAGUGCUAUCACACUUUAGGUAUGUGGCUUGUGUUUUCGAAGGAUUGUCAGAGAACACCUUCCUGCUCAGGAAUCCCAUGAACAUUUUCCAUUUCACCCAUCAAAUAUACCCAAGUUGAGCAUAUACUAUACAUGUGACGAAAUACUCCUGUCUGUAUUACUAUGUUUUUGUGUCACCUUAUGCAGUAGUUCACCCCCCCUCCAACUUUUCAAAUCCAAGCAGUUGAAGAGCUCCUGUCAAUUACAGACUAUGCCCAUCAUCUUUGUCUUAUUGUCUGUGGUCAGUUCCAGAUUGCUUCUGGGUCUCCUGUUGUAGAAAGAGAUCUAGUGGGCAUGCUGCUUCUCCGUGUUGCUCUAUCCAGUUGUCAUGUAAAGUAGAGGGUUCUCUAGCUGUUGAGUAGCACCAUAGAUUUUCCAGUAGGAAUUUAUUUGCGCAAGGGGAGCUUCCUUUCUUUUUUACAAGAUUGUAGGAGAACCUGGAUUUCAAACUAUUGUUUAGAGCAGGCUAUGUUGUAGUAUGAUUGGGGCCUGCUGGCUAAACAUCACAGCCUGGAUCUGCACAGGAAAACCUGCUGAUUCCACUAUCUCCCUCAACAAAGCUCAGUGUUGCAAAACAAAACCAUUAGUGAUUAGGUGAGGGAUUAUCAGUUCCCCAAAGCUGUAUCUUCUUAGCUCUGUCACACCAUCUCUCGAACAUGCUCAGUACUGAUUCAGAUCUAUUCUGUAGCUUUUGGAAACUGAUCUAAUGGAAAUGUGGUUUUUCAUUGUGCUUCUUUAUUUUGGUUUAGAAUUCCACAGCAGAGAGUCCUAGCCCAGACUCUGCAGGUCCUUGGCACUGGAUUUAAGGCAUGCCAUCCACUCUCCAAAGCACUGCGCUACUGCCAACCCACGGGGGCUCAUGGUUGCACAGCACUUUGCUGAUCAAGCUGACAAGUAUAAUUUAAAAAGCCCACAACUCGCACUUUUAUUUCCUCUACUUCUUUGUCAAGGCCUUUCCAGUUGUAUAGAGGUAUAUAUAUGCUCCAUUUUGCUUUUUGAGGUCUCUCUCCCUUUCCAUGAGAGUAUUUGGGCCAGCUCAUGUAAGGGUUAAUUCAUUUGGAAUGUAGAAUAGCUUUUGGAGGUUAUAAAGAAAUGGCAAUAAUGUGCAUACAAUUGACUAGCAUUGGGAAUGCAAAUAAUGGAUGUGCUUGCCAGUCUCUAAAAGGGAAGCUGCUCCGCUUAUUCCAUGGGUAAGAGGCAUGAGCCCCAAAUGGUAGUCCAGCUCAUCUCAUGUAUCUUACCGUGGGUGGAGUGGGGAGAGAUAUGGCUUUAUACUGGAAGUAUGAACCACUGGCACAUCUGCUUUGCUGUAGUACUUCACCAAAUAUGCCUGUUUUUUCUCUCUCUCUGUGGCUUUUAAAAUGAUAAAUAGGACCACCCUUUCUGCACCAAGAAUUUAGAAUUCCAAAGCGGAGUACUUUGGGAUUCUACCUUGGCCUUAAAUGUUGGUUGAAGUGUGCAGGCUGUAAUCCUGCAAACACUUACCUGAUUGAUAGACCUACUGAGCCUAGUGAAAUAGAUAACAGUCUCUUCAAUUGACCAAAAUUUUGCCUUUUUCUCCUGGCUUAACACUGUUGCAUUAUAGGGUUUGAGGCAUCAGACUUGAUAUAAAUGUGGAUGCAUAACCUCAGAAAUAGUGUAGAAAUGGGCAGCACUGAUGGUAGGACAAAAUCUGGAGUAAUGCACAUUAAGGAAGAUUUUCUCCAGCUUUUGAUCCUUAAAACAGCAGCAUGUGAGAUCACAAUCCUUCCACCUCUUCUUUCUUUGUCUCUUUUUUUUUUUUGCUGUGUUUCUGUCCUGUUGUCUCCUAAAGCGGAACACACCAACGAAAGAAAGAUAGAGGGCCUUCCAUCAAACUUACAAACUAAAAAGACAAGACACACAAGGGAAGAGGGAUAAAAUGGUGAGCUGUAAGUAGGCAGUUUUAACUCGUGUGUGCUUCCUUCAGCUCUCUAGUCUCAGGGUUGGAGCACAUACUGGUGUUUUAGAACUCUUGGUGGAACGUUGCCUUACACACUGCGGUGCAUUAUAUCUUCUGAGUGUCCAGGAAACUUAAUGGGAGCCAAGAAGCACCUAUUUAUAGUGCCAGAAGCAAUGCCGGGAUAACAGAUUUCAGUGUAUCAAAGACACGGCAGGCCAAAGUUGCAGGCCCAGUUGAUCUUCUGAAGAAUGAUAGUUGAAGGAUCUCUGCAGCAAACUAGUGGUUGUGGAAAGUUUGACUUGGACCCUUUUGCAUUUGAUACUGCAUUCUACUUUCCAUCUGUUACUCUUGAUAUUUGUUAAAGAAAACUCUUCCCCCUCCCCCAAAGCUUGAUAAAAUUAUCCCAGCCCCCUUGUUGGCAUGUCUCCUGCCUUACAUUGUAUUAUUAUUAUUAUUUAGAUACCAAGAUGUUAAUAAGAGUCCCUUUCGUGAAUUGCAGGGAUGGGGAGCCUGUGGUCCUUCAGGUGUUCUUAGACUCCCCUUGGUGCUAGCCAGCAUGGCCUCUAGCCAGCAGUGAUGAGAAUUCUAGCUCAACAACAUCUGGAGGCCUGCAGAUCCCCCCUCCCCAAUGCAUUGCAAUCCACACAACUCUAUAUUUCUCCUAACAUUUAUCUACACCAGUCCUGCUUACCAUUCUACCCCUGCUGCAAUCAUGAGACUGCUUUUAAAUAUGUUUAUUAUUUUAGUUAUUUGCAUUUGCUGGUCACCUUAGACUGGAUGUUCUUUAGGUGCCAUGAAGCAAUUAGAUUUUAAAACAGAAUUUAAAGCACAGCAUAAUGCAAGCAAAUUCAGUAUAAAAGUCUGAUACCAAACAAGGAGAAUAAAACAUCACAACCUUUCUCACCUUCACUGGCUCCUCAUUUGCUUCCAGGCCCAAUUCAAAGUGUUUGUUUUGACCUGCAAAGCCUUACACUGACUGGGACUUUGGAACCUGGCAGAAGACAUCCUUCUGUAUUUAUCAGUCCAUGCAAUAUGACCAUCUAAACUGUUUUGCCUGAGUGCCCAGUCAGUCUGAUAUACAAAGAGUAGUUGCUAGAGAAGAGGACCUUCUCAGCAGAGUCCCCUCAGUUGUGAAAUGCCCUCUCAAGAGUGGUUCACCUGAUACCCACAUUAAUGUCCUUACAGUACCCUAAGAAGGAUCAGGCCAAUGGCCCAUCCGUCCACAUCCUGUUCUCCCAGUGGCCAAUCAGAUGCUGUGGGAAACCUGCAAGCAGGACCCAAGCACAAGAGCACUCUCCCCUCCGUAUUACUGCCACCAACUGUGGAGGCGGAGCUUGGCCAUCAUGGCUUGUAGCCACUGAUCCACCAGACAGACUUAGUUGUUCUCCAAGGCCUUUUAACAUCUUCUAGCAUUCCUUUACAUUGACAUUCAUCUGUGAAGCCAGCUUUUCUACAUCUCUAUGGGGUUGUAGCUGGGAUGCCAACCUAAGCUGGUGAAAGGCACUGUGCACCACAGAUACCACUUUCACCUCUAAUAACAAGGAUGGAUCCAAGAGUGCCCUCAGGCUACAAACAUGAUUCUUCAGAGGGUGGUGCAACCUCAUCUAGAACUUCAUGUUGGAAAGUGAACUUCAUAACCCCCUUUUCAACAUGGUAUUUCUGUUGGGAGUACAGCACCAGGGAAGAGCCUUCUGGCACCUUAAAAGAUGUGCACCAUCUUUUGUGGACUGGGGUCCACUUUAUCAGAUACACCAGUGUUUCCCAAACUUGGGUCUCCAGCUGUUUUUGGACUACAACGCUCAACAUCCCCAGCUACCAGAACCAGUAGUCAGGGAUGGUGGAAAUUGUAGUUCAAAAACAGCUGGAGACCCAAGUUUGGGAAGCAUUGAGAUACAUGAAGUGCUAUUCUAUGUUUGUAGGUCAAUAUAAACCUGAUGGUAGAGAGAGGAAGAAGAAAGCAGCGAAGUCAGGGUGAAAUGAAAUGCAAAAAUGUAACAGCUGGGCUAAAGCUUAAACGUAUGCAAAGUUUACCAUUCACAAAACAGUGUUAAAGAUAACAAAAGCACCAAGCACCUGAUGGUCUAGUCUAUGAAAGCUUAUGUCAUAGUAAAAUUUGUUAGUCUGUAAGACUACCAUAGUUUUCCCUCUGUAAAUGGCUUGAAUACUCAAUACCAGAGGUCAGCAAGCUUACCGGAUGAUGGGCCAGUCCACGCUCCGUCUGUCGGAGGAUGGGUCAGAGUGUGUGCGCAUGCGCACUCUUCUGGAUCAGAGGAGUGCCCAUGCGCACAUGCUAUAUCUGGCACUCCUCUGACCCAGAUGUGUGCCAGAAAUAGCGUGUGCGCAUGCGCAUGGGCGCUUCUCUGUCCCACACACAUGCGCACAUGCUAUUUCCGGCACACAUCUAGGUCGGAGGAGUGCCUGUGCGCACACACACACACGGGUGCCAUCAACCUGGAAGUCAGUCCCCACACCGCACCACACCAGUAAGAGCGGGGGGUGGCAGGAGUCGCCAUGGGCCGGAUAGACGAGCCCCGUGGGCCACUACCGGCCCAUGGGCCUUAGGUUGCCAACCCCUGCUCAAUACGCACAACUACUAAACAAGGUUUUUGUAUGUUAGGAAGAGCAUACUUAGCUGCCUUAUACUGAGUCAGACUGCUGGUCCAUCUUGUUCUGUAUUAUCUGCUCUGACUAGCGGUAGCUGUCCAGGAUUUCAGACAGGGAUGCUAGGAACUGAAUUUAGUUUUGGAUUUGGUAUUGCAGAUUCUGUAAGGGGUGUCAUAACAACAUAAGCAAAGCCUGCUGGAUCAGGCCAAUGACCCAUUUAGUCUAGCAUCCUGUACUCAUAGCGGUCAACCAGAUGUUUGUGGGAAACCCUAAGCAGGACCUGAGCACAAGAGCACUCUCGCCUCCUGUGGUUUCCAGAGGCUGGUAUUCAGAAGGAUUGCUGCCAUCAACCACAGUGUCAGGCCCCUUUGUAGUGCACAUUAACCACACUAGGAUAUCAUCCUGCUGAAAUGGCAUUAGGAGUAACUAAUAUAAACUUGCACCAUCAUGAUCACUGAUUUGAAUUUCCCCUCUGUUCCUCUGCAGCCUCUCUAGUUGCAGCUGUGUAUUGAGCCUUCUUAAUUCUAGCCAUGAAAUGUGUGCUGAGAUAUGAAGGUUCUGAAUGCUGCUUGUCAAAUGUGAUCAGGUUAGGGCUCUGACAGACAUCCAGGAGAAAGGAGCAGCUACUGCAAGCACGGCUGUACAUGCUUCGCGAAGUUCAAAAUCACACAUAAAUGAAUUGGAUCAGAAUGACCCUAUUGCCAAUGGGUAGAAGAGGGGUGGCUAACCCCUCGCCCAGGGGCCUAACCUGGUCUGCCGAGGAAUUUGUCUAUCUGUCUUCUCAGCUGAUCUGCAUUGGAGCAGCUGAGGAGGUGGAGGUAUAUGUGUGCUUCUCCUAUGACUGUGUGUACAGAAAGCGAGAGAGCGCACUUGUGAAAGUGUGGCGUGGUCCCCUUUUACAUGCACCCAUCACUGGCCCCUCAGGUCAGAAAAUGUUUUCCACUCCGGACUAGAAGAUAUUUAGGUUCCAAGUAAUUUUAAGCUUUCAAGCUCAUGAGCAACCCAUUUCCUUUUCCCAAAAGGCUAUUCAAAACUCUGGAGCUCGUGGAUAUUGUGCCCACAAACUGCCCCUUUGUAGGAGCCAGAAUGCUGCUGUGUUGGGUUACUUUCUUUGUCUCAUUGGCACUAGUCUGCCUAAUUCAGUUAUUUUAGGAAAAGCUAUAUGUUUGGUCUCUAAUCAAGUGCUCAGCUGCUCAGAGUACUCAGGAAUUGCUCUAACUCCUUUUUGUGAUUUCUGGCCUGUGACAUUCCAGCUGUGUGCUGGAAGCCUUGGUACAGAAAGCAGAGUUCAGGUCAUGCAUUUGGCAUUUUUAACCUUGGAUAGCAACUUUGCUUCCUCAGUUACAUAAUCCUUUUUAAGCAUUUGUCUUGCAUCUUCAUGUAACAAUCUUAAGCCAGUUAAGUUUUCUCUGGUGCAGUCUAUUCCAAGUACUACUGCUUGUCUUUGCCCUGUGGCCAAGCUGCAGGAGUGAUCUCUUCAGAAUCCCCAAACUCAUCACAGUCUGUGCACUAAACUUCUUCCUGCCUGAUGCCGAACAACCCUCAUUGCUAAACUCUUUCCUCCCUCACAGCAAACAGUCCAGCAGGUGAAGCUCUUAGCCAUUGUGUGGGUUUUUCCUCUCCUCUCUGCUGUCCUUCCCCAGAUGAAUUCAUCCAGCAUCACACCUCCCUCCCUUUCAGCUAAACCAUUAUCACUACACAUUUAUUCGAACAUCUGAUAACAUAAUACUAUUCUCUAUUAGAUGACCCUUUCUCUGGGAUCCAAUUCUAGGUUGUCUUCUGGAACAUCCCUACUCCCAACACAGUCUGUUCUUAAAGAAACUGCUAUGCUUCUUUGUGCUCCAGGGAAGCCAAGUGCAAAUUCACACGAUCCUAUUUGCUUUGUGAUAAUUCUUGCAGGUGAGUGACAGUAGUAAACAUCCAGCCAGGAUGAUUAGGUAUUGCAGAUACACCAAUCUAAAAAGGCAAGCAUAUAACUUCAUAACUUGUAACAAUGGAUUUUGUGAACCGUCAGGCACUUGAUCUUUGAAUUCUGUAAAUUUCAGUUGCAUUUAAAACCAGUUCAAACAUUCAGAAAAUACAUGUAGCACAAUGGACUUCCUGGACUAUGCCACUUCAGAAUGCCAGAAUGUCCCCUGCAUCUUUGAGUGCUUCCCAACUUCAAAAACUUGGUCCAUCUGGAAAUAUAGGAUAUAAUGGAGAAUGAUAUUAGAAUAAUUUUCUUAUUGAUGUGCUAGGUUUCUCAAUAUGGAGAGUCUUAAGGGAGAAGCAUUUAAACUUGCAACCCCUCACCAGAGUUCUGACGUGAUAUAAUCUGAGGACUGUGCUAUGUGCUAUUCCUCAGAGUAUUUGAAUUGGCUCCAAGUCUCUUACUGAACUGGUGGCCUUUGGUUUACACAGCUGUAAAUGUGAUCGACUGGGGUUUGAGCUUUUAAAGGCCAUUGAAUGUAUUGUUUUUAUAAACUGGUCCUGUGCCCGCAGAAUCCACUGCAUGGAAUGUGUGAUUCUGUAGGACCACCAGAAACAGUGAUUUGGAGAUCACAGUGUGACCUUGCUGGAGCCCAGAUCUUUCGCUCUUACAAAAUUAGCAUUCAAGGCACAGGAAGGAAAAAUAUCACUCCCAGAAACGCCCUUCUGGGUUUUUCCUCUGAGUCUAGAGCCUUGUGUUGACCACCUGGCCUGCUGUGAGUUUGCUCAGAUAAGGGUCUUGCCUGCCAGCUGGAUUUAGUUCCUCACCUCUUUUAUGUAGGUGUACUUUAUACUUAUAAAGUAAUGUCCUUGCUUCUGGGACAGUGAGGCAUCUUGACUCAACCCAUCUGGAAAACCACAUAAUAAAUGGAGCCAGUGACUUUCAACUUUGAUGUGCCUACCAGCUAGUAUGCUUUCAAGGUGGCUCUUGGCAGAGCACAUGGCUGUCAGUCCUAACAUAUAACACCUCCACAAACCCAGACCAGAUUUAGACAAGGCAGUAGGCACGUGAAAAACAUUUAUACAUUCAAGAUUUCCCAUAGUCUGGCGUCUGAUUUAAAGCGGCCUUAACUUGUAUGCUGCCCCCUACAGAUCUAGUGCUUGCAUGCCAUGGUGUGGCCUCCAUCCAAGCUGUAGAGUGCAAAAGGUGCAUGGACUGAGGUCAACACAUGGGUUAAGAACCUUUUGGUAUGAUGCUGGACCAUAUAAUGCCCUGUUUUCUUUCCUAAGUGCUUUUUGCGCAUCUUUGAACCAGGCCUUAGUCUUGAAAUUUAAAACACCUAAUUUUCAAAAACCUGAAAUAUGUAUGACUCAAAAUAAAAGGGCAGAAUGGGCUGUAUCACUGCAGUCUACAGGACAAGGGAUGCCAUUUAUGAAUACCCCCCAAUGCAAAGAACUUCUGCAUGUAAAGAGCUUGCACAUCAGAGAGAGAGAUUCUAGGUUGAAUAAUCUCUGUACUUUUGCUAGGUUUUUUGCUUGCUCACCAAUACCAACAGGGAACUUUUUUUUUUAAAGUGAUCCCUGCAGUCUGAAGUGGUCCAUUCUACCACAUCAUUUUACUUUUGUUCUGUUCCAUAUAUAUAGUCCACAUGAAAGCGCCAGCACAGAAGUAAGAACAGGUCUUGGUCCCUUUCUAAUGCAACUGUGAGAAAAGAAAUGGGGAAAAAACCCAAGGUCUUUGAGAGAGCUUUUGGCAGUUAGCAUACUACUAGUUAUCUCCAUGCAAAUUUCUCCAGCUCAGAAGCCAGUUGUUUUUUUUUUUAAUGCAUCAUACCAACACUUAUAACCAGAAUGCAAUUAAGCAAGUUAAGGAAAUUAGACAAAUUUGUUUGCUUUGGACUGUGAUAGGCUGUUAAAGUUGAUGAUGAGGUAAAGCAAAUGAUGACUGCUUUAUACUUUGUGUUUGGUGACGUGGUUUCCACUCCAAAACAUAGUGUGUUCUGGGCUUAUCUUGUGGAUGGAGGCAUCUCUAUUGAAUAUCCCUAUACCAGUGCCAUUGCUCUUUCCAGGCUACUGAUACUACUGUGUAAAUGUUCCACGCAUUAAAGGAGCAGUGUAGACCCCUACUGUGAGGAAAUACACAUUCGGAAACUUAGUCUUAUUAUGUAUUAACUGAUGUAUUAACUGAUAUUUGAUGUGUGCUACAUAUCAAUUGACUAUGCAGUGAAUGAGUAAGCCAUGAAAUUAUCUGUCAGGUUGUUUUAGCUUUGCCCAAACCAGCAUGAAAGCACCUACCUGAUUGCCUAGGAGAUCUGGCUGCAGAUUUGAUAAAAGAACAGUGCUUAUUCAUACAAUGCAUAAUUACCUUAUGCAAUUCACUAAUGCAAGAUACGGUGAUGGCAAUGAUGGCCACUAGCUCAGAAGGUUUUUAAGCGGAAGUCUAUCAGCAGCUUUUAGCCAUGAUAUAGCCAGUAUAGGGAUGCGGGUGGCACUGUGGGUUGAACCACAGAGCCUAGGGCUUGCCGAUCAGAAGGUCGGUAGUUUGAAUCCCCGCGACGGGGUGAGCUCCCGUUGCUCGGUCCCAGCUCCUGCCAACCUAGCAGUUCAAAAGCACGUCAAAGUGCAAGUAGAUAAAUAGGUACUGCUCUGGCGGGAAGGUAAACGGCGUUUCCAUGCGCUGCUCUGGUUCGCCAGAAGCGGCUUAGUCAUGCUGGCCACAUGACCCGGAAGCUGUACGCCGGCUCCCUUGGCCAAUAAAGCCAGUUGAGCGGCGCAACCCCAGAGUCGGUCACGACUGGACCUAAUGGUCAGGGGUCCCUUUACCUUAUAGCCAGUAUACCUCCUGAAUACCAGAUGCCAGGGUCUAACAGUGGAUGGACAUCAUCAUCAUCUUGAGCUUCCAAAGAUGACAGGCAGUUGUCUGGGUACCAUUGGAAAAGAGAUGUUGAAACAGAAGGACUUAGUUCUGAUCUAGCAAGGCAACGGAGACCAAUGCUUCUGCCCCUUUUUUGAGUUAUGGGGCCAAAUAAGAAGUCCCUUCAGCUUUCAGGACACCUGGGGAAUAGGCCUCCUCCAAAGUGGACUUUACCAAUCCAGUAUGCAUGGGGUGCAAAUGAGAAGGCGUGGAGGGGAUGCUUUAGUUUAAUGAAGGUUGUGAAGUGUCAUGAAGGUUGCCUAAAAAUGGGCUGCUCCCAAGGUGUGGGAACUGUUUCCUCCCCUCCUCUUUUUUAUGCAGCUUGUUGGAGUUUAAUUUAAAUAUUGAGAGCAGACUUUGCCUUGGAGGAGCUUGCAGUGAGUUUGCAAGGGAAGCUAAAGUGCCAUGCAAAUCUCUGAAAUGGAUGGUUUUGGUGUAAUUAAGCUGCCUCAUGCAAGGAGUGUUAGAUGUCCCUUUGGGUACCCUGAUCUUGUGAUCUCUGACUAUCUUUUUCCUGCUGCUGACAGAAAUCCUUUCCCCAUGUGGAGCUUUCAGCAUAUGGCAGACAGGCUCUAGGUUGAUCCCAUUUUAAAUACCUCCCUUUUCAGACUUCGGCACAGUUCUGGAUGCAGCUGCACAGAGAUGCGGCUCCAUUGGCUGUGCAUGUGGAGUGAGACUUGAGCUCAUGUGCCUUCUUCCUCCCUUCUCUGGUUUAGCCAUGGAGAGGAGAUUGGAAGCUUUUCCUUCCAUUUUAGACUUAACCACAGUUUGUUGUGGUGUCAUCCCAGUAAGGUGUAGUUAAUUUUCAGACUGUGGCUAAUUCUCUGGUUUCCAAAUGAGGUUUUUGCAUCAAGGGGAUGGUCUUGUACAGUGGUACCUCGGGUUAAGAACUUAAUUCGUUCUGGAGGUCCGUUCUUAACCUGAAACUGUUCUUAACCUGAGGUACCACUUUAGCUAAUGGGGCCUCUCGCUGCUGGAGCACGAUUUCUGUUCUCAUCCUGAAGCAAAGUUCUUAACCCGAGGUACUAUUUCUGCGUUAGCGGAGUCUGUAACCUGAAGUGUCUGUAACCUGAAGCGUCUGUAACCUGAGGUACCACUGUAUUUGUUGAAAUAGUGGGAUGAUGUGGAGUAUAAAAUCUCUAAAUACAUCAGCCUCUUUAACUAUAGUUUGUUUAAACAAGCCAGCUUCAAACUCUUGUUUACAAAGCUGCCUUGUUUCCAGAAACCAUAGUUUAGAUUAACCACAUUUUAGGGUUCAGGUGUAACACUAAAUUGUGGUCAAUUUAAAAUGGGAGUGGAAGCUUCCAGUCUCCUCCAUGCAGGUGUACUGGAGGCUUAGCAUUACAGGUGAGUGCAGGCACAUUGUCCUUGCAUGGUUUGCAGAUGAUUUGUUGGCUUACCUGGAAGGGGUAAACAAGCAUUUUGGGCAGUUUUCUUUGACUGCCAGGAAGCACGAAUGUUUCAGGGUUGUUGGUCCACAUGCUAGAGUUAAAAAGAGCUCAGACGUUUGGAGUGUGCAGGUCUAGUUACUAAGAACCCUUGGUCAAGCUGGACCAAGCUGGAUGUGCAGCCAGCCAGCCAGCCAGCCAGGGAAACUCCAUUACUCACCAGCAGCAGAUGGUGCCUGUCAAGGGAUGCUGAGAGGGGAGGAGCAGGGUGGUUGCCUCGGUGAUUUUUCCAUCACCACAGCAACAGAAAGGUCACCCAGAGGGUCCUUCAUGCUCUCCCUUCCUGUGUAUGAAGCUCUGAGAUUUGUUGGAACGUAAGUCAGGGGGUAUGAUUGGAGGGAUGGUGUAUUCUGGGAAGGGGGCAGUGGGGGUUAGAGAGAUGCCUUCCAGGAUGAAAUGUCUUGGGGACCCCUCUCCUGAGAUCGCGGAACAGCAGGUAGUACCUGUUCCAAAUGCUUUAGACUGAGUUCAAAGUAAACACGAGUGAAAUGGAAUCCAGAAUUUGGGUUGCUUCAUCUUCCAGAGUGAGAAUAGUCCGUUCCUUGCUCACAUGCAUAGGUAAAGGUAAAGGGACCCCUGACUGUUAAGUCCAGUCGCGGACGACUCUGGGGUUGCGGUGCCCAUCUCGCUUUACUGGCUGAGGGAGCCGGCGUUUGUCCGCAGACAGCUUCUGGGUCAUGUGGCCAGCAUGACUAAGCCGCUUCUGGCGAACCAGAGCAGUGCAUGGAAAUGCCGUUUACUUUCCCGCUGGAGCAGUACCUAUUUAUCUACUUGCACUUUGACGUGCUUUCGAACUGCUAGGUUGGCAGGAGCAGGGACCGAGCAAAGGGAGCUCACCCCGUUGUGGGAAUUCGAACCACCGACCUUCUGAUCAGCAAGCCCUAGGCUCUGUGGUUUAGACCACAGUGCCACCUGCGUCAGGUCACUUCAUUUAGGUAUUUGAAAAUCAAAAGUUCCCCCACUGCCUCUCAUUGAGCCAAAAACUCCUCUAUCAGAGCACACAUGUUUCUUUGCCUUUUCCCAUGUAUCUACUUAUGAUUAGGGACAAGAGGAGCUGCAGGUCUGUGUUCCAUGUAGCAGCCUCCUGCAAUAAGCAUCCUGCGGAGGGAAGCAGAGAGGAGAAACUGGAACAGUUUGUCACCAGGGCAUUCUAUGUGGCAAGUUGCUCCUUUUCUGAAGAAGAGCCAUCUGCUGUGAAGGAACCAACUGGAGUCAAAUGAUUCCUGGUGGUGGGUGGCAGUGCUAACGCAACAAUGUCUAGCAUAGACAGCUCCCCAGUUGCUCCCUUGAGGCAACAGCUCAGAGGGGGGCAGCUUGGAAACUCACAACCAGGGUUCUUUAACUAAAACUACCGACACAAAAUGCCAGGGAACUGGUUCAUUGUGUCCCAGAUUGCAUGUGCAUUCCCACAUCUUGACUCCCCUGUCUUUGAUUGAAUAUUUCCAGGGUGUUUUGCUACUUGACUGAACAAAGGGCCUGUAAGUGCCCCCUACCAUUCCUCCCUCCCCCACAAUGUGCAUGAUGUUGUUAGCUAAGGAUUUCCACCUUGAACUCAGCUGUUAGGACCAAAGGCUGGUUGGGUGGGGAAGGUGAUGUGCUGCAGCACAUACUGUCCAGACACAGCGGCGGCACCUGUCAGAAGUGGAACUGGUCUUUCUUGCUCAGUGGGAGUGGCUGCUGCACUGGUGCAGUGCUUCUCCUGGGGAAACAGAGGCAAGAUCCGGCUCUGUUCUUUUGGUCCAAAGAAGGGGGCUGAAGGGAGGGAGAGGGAAAACUACUGAUAACACCAAAAGGGAUGGGGCAGAGGGGAGGGGACAGAAACCAGUAUGUGUGUCAAUACUCUGCAAUGAUGUGGCAGAGAUUGAUGGAGCAGCAAAUAGAGCCCUCUAGUGACACAUUUGCUUGUUAGCACGAGAGACACUUGCCGGAAGAACACAUGUAUUUUCAGCCCCUUCCACUCCCACUGAAACUCUGGUAUCUCCCCACACAUUCGCUAAUUGACAUUACUUUUUAGUGCUUUAAAUGACACUGGAUUGUCAGUGACAGCCUUCUCAAGAAGAGAGAUGUAAAAUUACCAGAAAUUUUUAAGCCAUCAAGGACAAAAAAACCAAAACAGUUUUUUGGGGGUGAAAUUCUUGAGGAAAUUGAAAAAUAGGCAAUACUUUUUUUCUAGUGCCCUUUAAAGAUCCAAAGUCACUUUGUUACUUUAGAAACAUAAAAUGUAUCAUGCAUAACUUGGUUUGCUUAUUAAAUUACCAUGUUCUGUAUGUUAUAUUAAAAAUACAAUUUAUUCAGUUAAUAAUUACAAAUUGAGUAUACCUUUUGCUUUUCUUUCUUUUUGUUACAUUUGGAGUUGCAAGCUGCUGAGCUGUAAGAAACCUAGCAUCUCUUUGGUUUUUGCACUUUAUGAGAAGAAAAAAAACAAACCCCAAUAAAAACAGGAGAAACCACCAGCACUUUCUUUUUUAAAAAAGAAAAUUAUUAUGGGUUGUGUGCAACUAAGUCCUACAUUCUGUUUCUAAACAGGGAUAGAAUACCUGUGGCCUUUGGGUGCUGGCUGGAUUCUAGCUUCCAUCAACCAUUACCAGCAUGGCCAGUGGUCAGAGUUGCACAUGGGAGUUGUAGUACAACAUCUGGAGGGACACAGGUUCCCCACCCCUGGUUUAAAGCUGUUGUAUGCUGAGACAUUUUCCUCUUCAUUUCUGCUCCUUGGACUUCCCUCAGUGGGUUCUCCCAUGUACUACUCUGAUCCUUUAAGUAUGUGGUGCAAUUUUUCCUACCGACUGCAGAGAGAUUAGACGCCAGAAGUGAGUUGGUGGAUACAACACCACACUGCUCUUGAUUCUGCAUAUGACCUUGGGUAUAAGGCACCAACUCCUCUUUCUCCACCAUUCUGUACCAGAGCUGCUAGCCACACCCUUUGUGGCAGGAAGGAUGUGGAGUGGUUUGGAUUGAGGGGGUGUUCUAGCUGCCUGAAUUACCUGCGAAGGAACUUUGAUCUAGAUCUAACUUUUAAUUCACAUCACGUGACAUAUUUUCUGUAGUGUCUAGAUUUCUUUUUCUGUGUUGGUGCAGAAAGUAUUUGUACCUGGGCCCUACUAAGAUAAAUGUAUCUUCCCAAUCACUUCUCUGAGCUCAAAGCAAGCUGAAUGAGGUAAAAUUUGAAGGUGGUAGAAGGGACUGUGCCACUUAAAUUUGCAUAACAGCACUAUAGUUUUUAAAUACUCUUCCACAUAAAAACUCUCUGUCACAAGAAAGAAAAGCAUAACAAGGAAAAAGGAUCCAUACCUCUUGCCUGCUGUGCUGGUUUCCUACAUGCAUGCAGGUGCUGUUUCUGUGGUUGUUGUUUUUUAUUUUAAUGUAGGACAGUUAAGGGGGAACCUGUGGCCUUCCAGAUGUUAGAUUACAGUUCCCACCAUCUCUGACAGGUGCGCAUUGUUUUCUGGGGCUGAUGGGAAAUGUGUUUCAACAACAUCUUUAGGACCACCGUUUUCCCCCACCCGCCCGGACAUAUAGACUCCAGAGGUUUAGGUAUGAGGUUCAGAAAAGGGCAACCAAAAUGAUCAAGGGACUAAUGCAACUUCUCUAUGAGGAGAAGUUAAAACAUUUUGGGCUUUUUAGUUUGUAGAAGAGUCGAGUAAGCACAGGGGCAUAAUAAAAGGUGCCUAAAAUUAUGUGUGGGGUGGAGGAAGCAGAUAGAACCAAAAGCCAACAAAGAAAAUCGUAUGUUGGAAGAGGCAUUGCACACAAAAUGAACUAUUUCACUGUUGGAGACAGAAUCCCUUCUGAAUACCAGUUGCUGGGAAACACAAGAGGGGAGUGUGCUGUUGUGCUUGUGUUUCUGCUUGGCGGGCUUCAGGAACAGGACACUGGGCAAGGUGGACCUUUGGUCUGACCCAGCAGUGCUGGUAUUAUGCAACAAACAUAUAAAUGACACCUUGUGCUGCAAACCAAUGUUCUGCUAUUUACACCUAUCGGUUUCCACUCCAGAUACUAUCUUGAGCAGGGGUCCCCAACCUUUCUGGGCUCAGGGGCACUUGAUCUACAAGAGGAAGUGGGUUCUGGGCCAUGACAACCUUUGCGACAGUUACUUUGUUAACCUCUGAGGUUUCACAGGACUCCGGUGGAGAGUGCCCCCAAACUCCUUUUAUUUCUAUCUCUUCUUCUGAAAAUGCUACUGCCUUGUUGAUGCUGGAGAAGUCUCGCAAAUUAGUGUUCAAUGAGGUGGUCACCUGCCACUUAAUUUGGCUGGAAGUGGUUUCCUCCUGCCACAGUCCAUUUCCCUGACAGGGAAAAAGCAGCACUAAACAAUGGCUGUUGUUACUUUCUGCACCCUCUCCUCCUUCUCUUCUUCCCCAUAUCCAGUGUGAAGUCAAGGGGAGGCAGGGAGGGAGGAUAGCAUCUAUAGCAGAGCAUUAUACUUUCAUGGCACAACAUAACUUUGGCAGCCACUCUGUGUGACUUUUUAGAAGAAGGGAGGAGUGCAUGUAGCUGUAAUAGUGGUUCACUGUGCUUCCUUUGCUGGGAGCCACACCACAGUGCUGGAACAGCUCCUUCCAUGCGUCUCUUGCCCUUGAAUGUUAGAAGACAGAACCAGAAGCACAGCUACUAUAGCGCUGUGCUGUUUUUCCAUGGUGUGGGAAAGACAGUGCUGUGCAGUGGCAAUAAGGGGGAUGUGGCAGGUGUCAGUUUUUGUCACCCAGCUCUUCAGCUAAUGAUAUUUGCUCUCUUAUCUUCAGCUUUGAGUUUUGUUUGAUGUUGGCAUUUUAUAUUCAGAACUUCUCUGUCUGGAGGAGCUGAGUCAGGGCUGGUGUGGUAGUAGUGUGGAUGCCUAAGGGGCUGCAGUAGUCACAAUGAAAUCACGUAUGUCUCAUCCUUGUCCCUUGUCUGCUCCUGGCUGAGUGAUCUUCUUUCAUUUUCCCUCCCCCAGGCUGUUCCUCUAAGUCAUUCAAGCUGUACUCUCCAAAGGAGCCCCCAAACGGCAACGCCUUCCCCCCCUUUCACCCGGGCACUAUGCUGGAUCGAGAUGUGGGGUAAGUGAGAAGCUCUUUUAGAGAUGUAUUUCCUUCCUUUUGAUGGCUGAGGAGGUCACCUAAAUUUGUUUCUGGAGAAACACCUCUGGAGUUCAGGGGAGCUCAGUUCCUGCGUAUCAUCAGCAGGGUCCACUAUUGAUUGGAAGGAGGGAAUCCCAGAGACAUUAACUGUUCAGAGAGACAGCAGGUGGUUGGUUACCUGUGAGGAUAGCUACUGUAUGCUGAGGGACGUGGGUGGCGCUGUGGGUUAAACCACAGAGCCUAGGACUUGCCGAUCAGAAGGUCGGCGGUUCAAAUCCCCGCAACGGGGUGAGCUCCCGUUGCUCGGUCCCUGCUCCUGCCAACCUAGCAGUUCGAAAGCACGUCAAAGUGCAAGUAGAUAAAUAGGUACCGCUCCAGCGGGAAGGUAAAUGGUGUUUCCGUGCGCUGCUCUGGUUCGCCAGAAGCGGCUUAGUCAUGCUGGCCACAUGACCUGGAAGCUGUACACCGGCUCCCUUGGCCAGUAAAGCAAGAUGAGCGCUGCAACCCUAGAGGCGGCCAUGACUGGACCUAAUGGUCAGGGGUCCCUUUACCUUUACCUUACUGUAUGCUGAUAGGAGCCAUUAAUUAUUUUCUCAUGGCACACCAGCCAUUUUCUUUUGGAAUGCUGGUGUGACCUUUCAUACAGUGCUUUUUUUAAUCUAUCCUGUAUUGGCUUAUUUCUCUGCAGACCAACUCCUAUGUAUCCGCCAACAUACCUGGAGCCUGGGAUUGGGUAAGAGACUGCACUGCUUUUCCUUCUGACAAACUGUGUUGACAGGGUAAAGACAGAUAAAACAUUUUUCAAGUGUGGUGCAAGUGAUUUCUAAGCAGAUCACCCAGCUGCCCCCUUGUUCACGAGGGUAUGAAGGCGGUUACUUUCCCCUCACCUUGAAAAGUACAUAGAGGUAAAGAAGGAAGUUGGAAGACUCUCUUUCCCACUUCCUCUUUCAGCUCUAUGUGCUUUUCAAGGCUUAGCUUAAUUCUGUUGGAUCUGACUUUUACCUAGAUCCCUUAGAAAAGUGAAGGUUGUGUGCGUUCUCUCUUUCUCGGGGUGGGGCUGAUGUGAGGGAGAAGGGAGAGAAGUGACCAGAGAGGGUGAUACCCAUAACACUAAAAAAAUCCAAUUGUGCCCAUAGACCUAAAAAAAGGUUGGCAACCCAUAUAAUCCAUAUGCAUGUUGGAACCGCACCAUAGUAUUACUGAACUCAUAUUCUGGAAGAAAAACAAAAAACUUGGUUUCCAAACCUUCUUAUAAUGACAGCUGUUAUAAUCUCAUGAUACAGUCUAGCAAAGCUCUACAGUUAAAUGUUUCAAGAAACAUUUGCAGCCCUUUGAGGCAUUUGCUUUCAUGGUAGUGGAUCUGUGUUCAAACCACUUGAAAAUGUUAACAUCUGUCCUCAUCCAAACAGAACCUUAAAUGAAGGGUGCAUGCGGUGUGCAUAUUUAUGCAUUUUCAAAUGUGUAUGAAAUUAUCUAUUUUGACAAGAGUCAGAACUUCAGUGUGUAGGGAGAAAAGGGGGGAAGGGAAGUGGAAUCAAGCUGAGAGGAGUGGCUGGGGCAACCCAGUCUGAUGGGUGGGAUGUAAGAAAUAAAUUAGCAGCAGCAACAGCAGCGGAGUGACCUUUUCUCUGUUCCUACAUUGUAAAUCACUCUGAGGGUUUUUGCCUACAAUCAAACAGUAUAUAAAUUUUAUGAAAUAAACGCACUCUCUCGUUUGAGGAAAUCCUGUGAAAUAGUCUCCUACAUCAAGUAUCAUGCAGGUACUUUCUGACUAGGAUUGGAACAUUUGUAGAAGCAAAUCCCAUUGAAUUCAAUUGGGCUCACUCUUAUAAAAGAGUCUCAAGUUCAAUCCCUGGCAUCACAAGAUAGGACUGAACUUUUAAAAAAUAUUGCUUUUAUUUUGUAUAAUCAUGAGAUACAAAUACCCAUUCCCCUCCCACAGCAAUAAGCAUGCAGCAUGUUCUUACUCCUAUUGUUUAUUUUGUUCCAUAACCAUUGCUGCUGGUGUCUGUUUUGUUUCAUAAUCAUGGAAUGAUUAGUAGAUGAAUCUCUGGGCUAUGAAAGACUUUCACCUGAAAACUUAAGAGAACCCUUGCUAAGUCAGUGUAAACAGCAAUGAGCUAAAUGAAUCAGUGGUUGGACCCUGUGUAAGGUAGCUUCCUGUGUUCCUAUUUUAAUUGACUAAAAAGCGACCCCCAAUUAAUCAGACAAUAGGUUUUUUUUUAUUUAAAAAACCCCCAAAUAUUUUUAAUAUGAGUAGGUACAUAAAGUUCUAUGGUGGCAAUUACCAUCUGCAGAGACAUUAUCCUACAGGUUUCAUCAGCAGCACCUGGUGGUGGUGGUGAUUUCGCGUCCCUGAUCUUAAUGGCUGCUGUUAGUUUAAAAAGGAAGACUCCAGGCAUAGAGAUAGAUGCAAAUAUGUGGUUAAUGUCACAUCUAAUUUUAUCAUAAGAACAGUAAAUUGUGUACCCUCCAUCGCACCUCUGGAAAGGCCUUUUAUUUCUUUAACAAUGAAAUUGUUAUUUGACAAGAUUCAUAUACUGCUUGAUUGUAAGAAAACCUUCUAAAAGUUUGCAAGAAUAUGGUCCAGUGAUUGGAAAGUUGGACACAGAUGUGGAGAAACCUGAAUUUACAUCCCUGCUCAGCCAUUAACUUGGUGGGUGGCACUUGGGGUGUGGGGAGGCAUUUUUCUGUCUGUUAAAUGUGAACACCAAAGCAAGUAAUACAUUCUGCAUCAUUGUAACACCCCAGACAAAUUAUUCUAUCUUACUAGAUCGAAAUAUUAAUUGUUCAAUUGCUGUGGUUGAUUGACAGGAGGCACACACCAUAUGGCAACCAGACUGACUACAGGAUAUUUGAGCUCAAUAAGCGGCUGCAAAACUGGACAGAGGUAUAUUUAUAUGGGGGUUCAGGGUGGUUGAAUCGGGAGGAAGAGUGGGGAAACUUGUGGAUGGGGGUACUGUUACUCUUGCAGGGGAUGGAAGAAGAGUCUGGGGUGUCCACCAAGCCCUUGGAAACACCCUUCCUGGGUUCCUUUGCUGCCUUUGGUGGCGGCUGGUUAUCUCCUAGCCUUUGGAGAUCUCCCCUCCCUGCAUGUAAUGCUUUUGUCCUCUGUUGGUGCAGGAAUGUGACAAUCUGUGGUGGGACGCCUUCACCACCGAGUUCUUUGAGGAUGAUGCCAUGCUAACAAUCACCUUCUGUCUGGAAGAUGGACCAAAGAGAUACAGUGAGUCUCAGCCUAGGACAGAUCCUGCAGGCAGGCACCGUUGUCUCAUGUAGGGAAAGGGCUGAAGCUGAGCAGGUUGCUUCAAAGCCUCUCCCAAGCUAACCUUGAAGGAGUAGUCCCCUGUUUUCAGGGUUGGCUGUGAGCUUAGCAUCUGGUACGUAGCUGGUGUGGCUCAACCAGCCCCCCUUGCCUUCAUAGCCCAUCCUGAAGAAGGAACUCCAGAAGAAUCUACUACAUAGCUCAGAUAUUGGUAAAGCUGAUGACUAGGAAUGGAGUGUAUAUCGUACUGCUUACUAGGCUGUAAAAACUGACCCUUCAUUUUGCAACCACAGAACACUCCAGUUGCCUUCCAGCAGACAUUUAGCACCUGCGAUCUUGCUUAGGAGCUCAUGGUGUGUACCUGUGAUGGAGCAGGGCAAAUUUUCAGAAAUUUCAGCAAUUUCUAUCGGUUCCUCCAGUAUAAAUACAUUUUCCAUGAUUGAAAACAGAUUUGUAAUGCUUCCUAGGCACAGACACAUAAAUUGGCUGAAAAGGUUGGUGCGUUAAGAAGCACACUGGAAAUGAAAAUCUUCCUAGUCUUAAAAGUAUCAAGCAAUUUUUAAAAAGCAUUUUCAUCCCUCUAGUUCCUCCAAGAAUCUUCAUUUCUCACAGAGGAACUGAAAAGUUUCAGGGCCAGGAUGGUCUUGAUUUAUGCAUUCAUGUCAGCACUUGCAUGUGUCAAAGGCACACCCACACACCUCCCUUUAUACAUCAUAUUCUAGAUAAGAGGCAAAUACUUUCAGGGUGAAAAUGUGUAUCAUUUCUUUUUAAAGCAAUUUGGCACAUCACCAGUCUCUCCUUGGGACAGAGGUUGGAAUGCUGUUGUCCAAGUAGGCUUUUGAAGCAUAGCUUCCUAGAGACCCAGUUGAUCACAGCAGGUCACAGCUCUGAUCCCCACAAUCGUCAUGGGUGGGCCUUGGGCAACCCACCUAUGAGUAAGCCCGAGGGGUUGGGAAACAAGGACAGUUUGCCCAGGACCUCCAAAACUGGAGCUUGGACUGCUCUACAUAUUCAUUUGGAUACUUCAUCUGGUGCCUUACUAUGGAAGACUUCGCUCGCUUGGUAUUUCCACAGAGAUGCUAAUGAUCCCCAUCAUAAAAAUAAGUGCCUAUUGCUCUAGCAGCCCUGAGUCUGCAGUGCAAAAUAUCAGUAACUGAUUUUCAUCUCCCUUUCCUUCCCCUACGUCUAGCGAUUGGCCGCACCCUGAUCCCCCGCUAUUUCCGCAGCAUCUUCGAAGGGGGUGCUACCGAGCUGUAUUAUGUCCUGAAGCACCCGAAGGAGUCCUUCCACAACAACUUUGUCUCGCUCGACUGUGACCAGUGCACCAUGGUCACCCAGCAUGGCAAGCCCAUGUUCACCCAGGUGAGAGGGCAGCACUGGUCCUCUGCCUCGCCCCCAAGCCAGGCUAGCAGGAGUCUGUGCUGAACUGCUCCCCAGAGUAGUUCAGCCCUUUGUCACUGCUUAUGACCUCCUGCAAAGAGCCCGAGGGUGGCGGAAGCAGGCAGAAACCUAGAGACCAGGUUUGUUUGCAGGGUGGAGAAGGCUCACCUGAGCCGCCAAUGCCAUUUGUUUGCUUUCCACUUUCCCAGGUGUGUGUGGAGGGCCGCCUCUACCUGGAGUUCAUGUUUGACGACAUGAUGAGGAUAAAGACGUGGCACUUCAGUAUCCGGCAGCACCGGGAGCUCAUUCCCCGCAGCAUCCUUGCUAUGCAUGUGAGUCUUGUGUUUGGUACUGGCUGUGGGCUUGACCUGGUUUAAGCAACUCAGCCGGACUCCCUCUGAAAUCAGGAGCAUUUUGUAGUUUGAGCUUGCUUUGUGUUGCUGAGCCCUACUCCCCCCCCCCAAAAAAAGCACUGUUGCUUCUUGAAUCUUUGCCAGCUCAGCUCCUCAGCACCCAGGCCAGCACCUGUCACCAGAGGGAAGAAGCGGGUGCACAAUUCUCAAUUCCUAAAUUGUUGAUCUUGGACUGGAUGCCAUACAUGAGGCUUUUAUCCAGCUUUUCAUAUCUGCAUUUCAUGGGUUUGUUUUCAUUGGCACUCUCUUUCUACUGAAAAGAAUCAUAAAGUGGCUUUGGGGAGGAAUAAUACAAAAUGCAAGGAAAACUAACCCCAAGAAAUAUUGAUGAUCACAUUAAGAGCAACAAUAGUACAAAGAAGCCUCCUAUUCUUGUUGGACUCUUCCUUUUCUCCUUGCUCACUGCAGGCGCAAGAUCCCCAGAUGCUGGACCAGUUGUCCAAGAACAUCACUCGAUGCGGACUGUCAAACUCCACGCUCAACUACCUCCGAGUAAGUGCUUUCCCACAGGAUGGUUAGGGAAAAGCUCCCUUGCAUCCUUCCCUUUUACUUUUCAUAAAGAAACAUAAAGCUUACCUUUCAAAUGCGGCACCUGGGGACUAAUGCCUCUGUAUUUUUUGCUCUACUUUACGAUUUAUUUGAACGGAGCAGAUCAUUUUACUGCGUGCAUAUUGUGGCUGCAAGGAGGACUGGAGGCCAGGAAGUUAUUGCUAGAAACUAGUUCCGUGCAAGGAAAGAGUACAGGAAAAUGCAGAUUAAAGGUUUAUACAGAGGAACAUGAAUUUCCAUAAAUAUAUUUAUGUAUGAAAAUCAGCUUGUGGCAUUGGCUUCUGUGAAUGCUCCACGGCUGUUGGGGGCAAAGAUGCCUUCAUAUUGGGCUAUGCCCAUGUGCACAGAAAAGCCUCUGCAUUCUGUGUGUAGCUUGAGAUGCAUUGCUUGGAGGUGUGUCCCUGUGGAUGCGCCACUAGCAAAGAAAAAGGGCAAGGCUGAAGCUGGGAAUGUACUUUAUUCUGAGACCAGAGACUAGAAGAUGGUUUAUGUUGCCAGGGUGCUCCUUUUCCAUCUUGCCCAAGACACAGACACAGAGCUGCAUUUGGCACGAGGGGGUUCCUAGCCUCUUUUUUUUAUAUAUAAUUUUUUUAUUAACAAUUUCAACAUAACAGUAUAUCAAAACAUAUCAUAUUCAUUAUUCCCCCCCUCCCCAUUCCCCAUCAAACCCUCCCUCCCCCCCGAGACUUCCCGCAGCUCCUCUCUCUGAUUUCUCAGCGCAUGUUAUUUUCUGCAUAUUAUAAAAUUAUUUCAAUUCUUAUAUUAUCUAUCUACCAUGUUAGCAAUCACUAAAUUUGUGUAUGUUUAUUCAAAACCUGCCAAGGAGUCCCAAUUCAUUUUGUUGUCUUUUUAAAUACCAUAUUUUUUGCUCUAUAAGACUCACCUUUUCCCCCCUAAAAAGUAAGGGGAAAUGUGUGGGCGUCUUAUGGAGCGAAUGCAGGCUGCGCAGCUAUCCCAGAAGCCAGAACAGCAAGAGGAAUUGCUGCUUUCACUGCGCAGCGAUCCCUCUUGCUGUUCUGGCUUCUGAGAUUCAGAAUAUUCUUUUUCUUGUUUUCCUCCUCCAAAAACUAGGUGCGUCUUGUGGUCUGGUGCGUCUUAUAGAGCGAAAAAUACGGUACUUUGUAAAAAGUUCCCAUUCUUCUUUGAAGUCACAGUUGUCCUUAUCUCGCAGUUUGUAUGUCAGUUUAGCCAGUUCUGCAUAGUUCAUCAAUUUCUCUUGCCACUGUUCUUUUGUCGGGGUUUCCUCAUUCUUCCAUCCUUGUGCUAUCAAGACUCUUGCUGCUGCUGCUGCUGUUGCAUACAUGAAUAAGUUCUUUGUUUUCCUUGGAAGGUCUUGUCCUACAAUCCCUAGCAAAAAUGCUUCUGGGUUUUUAUACAAAUGUCAUUUUAAACAUUUUCUUCAAUUCAUUAUAUAUCAUUUCCCAAUUUUUUAAAAAUUCUCUACAUUCCCACCACAUAUGAUAAAAGGUCCCUUCCUUUUCUAAGGGGUUUCUGGCCUCUAAAUAGGGGCCUGCUCUCCGCAGCAAAACCCAACCUUACAUCUCUUUCUUCCCUCUUUACAGCUUUGCGUAAUCUUAGAACCAAUGCAGGAGUUGAUGUCACGGCACAAGACCUACAGCCUCAGUCCCCGGGACUGCCUCAAGACAUGCCUCUUCCAAAAGUGGCAACGGAUGGUGGCGCCACCUGGUGAGAGUUUUGCAGGGCCACCCUCGGUACUACAGCUACCUGGAUGCAUUUCCUGUGAAGCCCACUAGAGGGAGGUAUAGAAAUUGCCCUUCUCCGGCCUGCAACUGCUAGUUGGGACUACUGACAUUUCCUGUGAAACCCACCAGAGGGUGCUGUGGGCAUUGCCCUUCUCUGGGAUGCAGUUGCUAGUAGGGAAUCCUGUGUUUGGUGCCAGAACUCUUGGCUUCUAUUCCUGGCUCGGUUGCUACAAUGUGGGAUGGGUGAAUGAGAUCUGGGGGGGUUGAUGAUGUUCGAAGAGGUUACAGGCAAGUGUAACCGGUGAAUCAGGCUUUGGGGGAAGCCUAGCAAAUAUACAAUAGCGAGUUGGAUUGGGAGGUAUUUUUAGUUACAGCUUGAUUGUAUUGGGGAAUACUGGAUUCAUUUGCUGGGACCAAGAUGUCUCACCGGCGUUCCCUUUGCUAACGCUUUCCAGCUGAGCCUGCACGUCAGCAGCCCAGCAAGCGCCGGAAAAGGAAGAUGUCAGGGGGCAGCACCAUGAGUUCUGGAGGCGGCAACGCCAACAACAGCAACAGCAAGAAGAAGAGCCCAGCCAGCACCUUUGCCCUCUCCAGUCAGGUACCUGUAAGCAUCCCCUUUUCGUUCUCUCUUUUGGUAACCUGAGAACUCCUCCUGCGAGGGGCCCUGCUCCAUGUAGCUGGAACACCCUCCGAAACGCUGGAGAAGGCUCCCUGCAGUGUAUCUGCAGGGGGCGGGAUAGAGAGCUUUGUUUGUUCAAAACGGUGGCAGCAGCCAUCUUGAAAGUGGCAGCACUGUUGGGGUGCCUGGUGGUGCCAGCGCCACAUCAGGAAGAGGAUUCCUCCUGUGAUUCUUCAUGUUUGACAUCCUCACCCCCCUCAGCCCUAUGCCACCUACAUUCAGGCAUAGUCAGAGGGUAAGCUUCCUCCUCAUGAGGGAACAGUAGAUCCAGAGGCAUUUGACCUCCCAGACAUGUUAAGUGGCUGUCGGCUCCUAAACACACAGUGGAAAUAGAGUAGCCACAGUUGUAGGAAUGUUGGUGGGUGGGGUGGGGGGUGGGAGGUUCAGCUUGAUAAAAGAAGUAGAGAGUAAAGGAAGCCAAGGGGUGUGGGUCUCCUAUUCAGAAGGAAAUGUUUUGAUUUGGUGGUGGCUGUCUCCCCCUGUGGUGUGGGUCAGGGCAGCCUCCACCUCGAUUAUGUUUCGGGACCCUCUUCCCUCCUCAGGAUGUGAUGGUGGUGGGCGAGCCGACCCUGAUGGGCGGGGAGUUUGGUGACGAGGACGAGCGCCUGAUCACGCGGCUGGAGAACACGCAGUUCGACGCUGCCAACGGCAUUGACGACGAGGACAGCUUCAACAACUCCCCCGCGCUGGGCGCCAACAGCCCCUGGAACAGCAAGCCCCCCUCCAGUCAGGAGAGCAAAUCCGAGAACCCGACGUCGCAAGCAUCGCAGUAAAGCCCUCACCCCCAGCCUGGCCUUCAACGGACUUGGCUGGCGUCCCCAUGGACUGAGUCGAAACCGUUCUACCUGGACAAUUUGUGAAGAAGAGUAGCCGGCUGGCUGGCCGGCAAGGUAUCAGGGCCGCUGGGCCUUGAAGCACCAGCCUGCCCACCUACCUGCCUCCAGUUGGCCUGGCCACCACUCCCUGACGUCUGCACUCUUGGCUGUGCCCUUUAGGGCAGACUUGGGGUGCUGGGCCUGACGGAGCCGGGGUCUCACUCUAGGCCUGGCAGAAUUUUAACUCCUCCUCCCUUCCCACCCACGCAUCCAGCGCUCUGGACAACACAAGCAGCACUCCUGCAGGAUGCCGUUCCGUGCUCUUUAUACGCCCCGUUGGAACCUGACUGGCACGAAACACCUCAGGAAGGGAAGGGGCCACGAAUGCUCUUGGCCAUUUGGCAGAAUGUCCAGCCCUAAGCACGUUUUAUAUAGAAGUCCAGCUCCAUAUUUGGCCUCAGGGGGGCUCCCUUCUAACAGGAGGGUCUGGCAAUGUCACGGGGGCAGCUAUGAUUUCUGUGGGGUGGGUCUCAAGCAGUCCGUCCUGGCGGCUGUAGGUGCGGCAGUGGGGCUGCUGCUGCCCCGCCUGAAGACAAGGGGAGUUUAAUGCCUCCUGGAAUGGGGUUAGAAAGCAACCCUGCAGUUGGCCUGGUGAGGGCACCUGCCCCUUUGGGUCUGGCCUUCUGCCUGACCUGCUCCUACAGAAAACUGCAAUCUUGACCCCUCCCCUGUACUUUGGGUUUGGUUUUUUGUUUUUUUACAAAAAAAUAUUAUUAAAAUUGUACGUUUAAAAAAAAAUCUGCCCUUCCUCCCUAUUUCCCCCCAGUCCUGAUUUUUGUACAGGCUUGUCUACCAAUUGGGAGUCUUGGUUUUUAUAUACAGUUCUGAGAGCUUCAAACCAAGGAGAGACUUUGCAGACUUCCUUUCUACAUCCUUUGAGGACAGCAUGGCUGCCCCACUUUGCCCCCUCUGUGUAACUUGUGUGUGCUGCUGUCCUUGCUCCCUCCCUUCUCUACCACUCCCCCCCCCCCUUUCGGGUUUGUGUACCUUGUGCUUGUAUAUUUCCGCGCUGUAGGCUGUGUGUAUGAUACUGUUCUUUCACUGUGUUCUCAAUAAUGCAGCCGCCCCCACCAGUGGUUGGGGGAGUUCAUUGUGAUGGGCGUCCUUUGUGGGAGGCAGGAGAGUUCAGAGGGUACUGUCACCAGUUUACAGCAGUGCAGAACAUGGGGAAUGGGGGUGGACGCAACCUGGAGAUGGGGUAACACGUGCUUUGUAAAGAAGGGUGGCCAUUUCCUCCAUUACGGAGUGAGGUUCUAGGUAACUUUUUUUACAGCCUCCAUCCUUCCUGGUGGGGAGUGACAGGGCUUACGAAGGUUCCCAAAGGAAAGAAGACCUGUUCCUAAACUCACCCAGUUCACUCUCUGGUGUUUGGAUGUCACUCAACAUUUCCCACCUGCAAUUCCUUACUCUUAAUUUUGUCCCGAGAACCAUGGAGAGAAGUUGCGUUGUCAUGGAGGCCUCAAACCAACCAUCUGUCGAGCUUGGGUUGCCAUGCGUGAGGUAGCCCCCAAAGUCUUUUGGUCACCUCAUGGCAUGGACUGAUUGUGAGGGUGGUGGCAUUUAGAGGGCACAGUCUGGACUGUCAUGGCAACCACCCUUUGCCUUACUUAGACUGUUUCUCUAAGCAGGUCCCAGACUGCAAGGGGCUUUUCCUAGGAGGAUGGCUGCCGCCAGCUUACCCUAGAGCUGCUGUUUCUGGCCAUUGCUCUGUGUUAGACGCCACCUGGCUCAUGCGCUGGAAUCCCAUAAAUACUCCAUUCCCCUGGAGGAGCCCAGAUGGAUCAACCUGGAACAUGCUUGGGGUGUGGGGUGGGACUGGUCACUUUUUGUGUUACUGGGCCCAGAUGCUCCAUUCUGCUCUAUCCCCCGGGAGUAGGCAAUACAACAGUCAAUACUAUAAUUUACAGGGCGUUUUUCUGUAACCUUUUUGUACCUAAAUAUAUGAGUGUCACGUCCCCCAUUGCUGUGCUCGGCAUGAACUGGUGACGUGAACUCUGUCCCCUCUCCCCACCCUUCUUGACCUUUCCACCUACCACUUCCCCCCCGGGGCACUGUAAAGCCUUUUUUUUUUUUUUUUGCAUAGUUUGUGCCAUUUAUGGUCAUGUAUGGUACCAAUAAAACAACUUUUUUCGGU